GGUUCAUGCUGCUACCCUUACUUAUUCCUUAUCUUGGAUCUCUGCUAAAAUUAUAGUGGGUGCUCUUUUAUUCUGAAAUGAAAUGUUGCUUCAGGCUGCCUAAAUUUAUUCCUCUCUGGAUCUAAGAGCCAAGUCUGAUUCUCUGUCCUGGAGUCAUUGUGCUAAAGAUUUUGGAUUAAUUUUGAGUGAUGAAAGGACUUCAAUGGAUUUAAGUUUGGUUUUGCACAUAGUCAUGUGCAGUUCUGCAAAGUGGAUAGUGUGACUUGUAUCAUGACCAGCACAAAGAACUGAGAGUUUAAAGGAAGCCAGUAAUCGGAUUUUUACAUGUUUAAACUUUUUUUAUUUUAUUUUUUUUUUUACAAAUUUGCACAGCCUUCUCUGCUGAAUGAUCUUAACCACAGUUUCCUAAUUAUAUCUAAGCCUAUGUAUUGCCAUCAGGAACUGGGAGAUGGACAGUGACAGCCUCCUGUGACAGUUUUUUUGUUUUACCAGAAUCCAGGUAGUGUAAGCUAUAUUUCUAUACAUUCUUGAAUUUUCAACCAACACUUUUAAAAUGAAAUACAAAUAUCAUAAACAAACACACAGCUUACAAAUAUAUACAUUUGUAUAUGCACAUUAUUACUUAAUAAUUACUGUACACGUAUACACAAUUAUUGAUAUACUUUAUUAAUAUUUAUAAAAUCACUUAAUAUGAAGUUAUGGGAUGCAAAGGGACACAUUUUCAUAAAAUAAAUAAAAAUCUUGUAAACUGUAGUAAAAAAGUUUAAUAUAUGUAAUAUAUAUGGGGAAUCUAAAUGUGCAUGUUAUUAUAAUGUUUAUUUAAAUAUUUUUAUUUUUGUUGUUACUGCUGUUUUUAUUCAUGUCCUAACAAUAUAUACUAAGAAAAAAACAAUCUACAAGAACCAAGGUGUAUAGAUCAUUUCAUUAUUGUGCAGCAUGUGAUGUUUUCUACAGUAAUCUUAGAUUGCUAUGCCAAAAGCAGUACAUGGAAUAAAGGAAAAUAUAUGCCUAGACUUAUGAAUGGAAAGUAUCAUCAAGUAUAAAAAAAAAAAAAAUCCAUAAUGAAAUAGUUGUUCUUUUUUCCACUACUGUUUCCCUGGCUUGUUCAGAUUUCCAGCCUUUUAUAGUGAAGUCUGAACUGUAGUAGGGGUACAUGGUGUUCAUUAGAACUCAGUUAAGUAGCUAAGUUGGUUAAUGAGAAUCAUGUGUCAGUGAGAGAAAUGGCAGGCAGGGGGCAGGUGUGUUCACAUCCAACACACUGGCUCCCACUAGACAGAGAAGUGAGACAAUAAAACAGAAGGAGUAAAGGCUUCCUCUGCUGCUUAUAUAGCUGCUUAAGUCAUUAGUUUCUGUAUUUUUCUCAGUUGGAGAGAUUUCAGGAAAUUCUUGCCAAGUAAUUCCACCUCUGUACUAAAUCAAAUGCCCCCUAAAUGUGUCAGACUAGAAAGGGAAAGAUGACAGUCCCUAUGUAUAAAAUGAUUUGACAGCCCAUUCUAUACAUGGGUUUUUAAAUGGACACACUACAUAGCAUCAUUAACCUGUCCGGGGGCUUUUUAGAUCACCCAAUCUUGAUACAAUGCAAAGAUGAGUUCUUUACUAGCCCAUUAUAAAGAUUGCUUCGUAUGGAUUCACCAAGAAUGUUAAAACUUUCCCUCUUAGUACAGUUAAUAGAUAUUUAUUAAUAUGUCUGUCAAUACCUAUCUAUCUAUCUAUCUAUCUAUCUUCUAUUUAUAUUUCCGUCAGUCCGCCUGUCUGUCUGCCUAUCUAUCUUAGUUAUUCGUUUCCCUCUGUUUUUCUUACACUCAAAUAACAAAAAUGAAAUCGAAGAUCUAUUUCCAUUUCAGAUUGUAUAUAUUAGAGCAAAUUAUUGCUCUCUGUUUGUGAGUGACCUACCAUUGCAUACGAUUUCUCUAAAUUUAAUUUUAUUAUUUAUAGUUAGGAAUGUUAUAUACUGGGUACACAUUACAGAGGUGGCAUGCAUUAAUAUUUCUACAGGACUAGGCACCAUCCUAACACUUAAAAUGGGGGACGCAUAUGUUUAGAGGGAUGUGGGAUUCCAUAGCAUACCAUGAAACAUAUGGGAUAUGCAAAUGGGAGUUUGUCCAACUGAACUGUUAAUGGCACUAGCUUUUUUAGCCAGGUGAUGGGUAUUCGUACAAUCACACCCCUAUACUUGAGGUGUAGAGAUUUUGGGGCCAUCCACUGUGAAUGGGAUCCUCUAGAUCCAUAACUUUGAUUUUUUUUUUAAAUCUCCCACUUUACAGCAUGUGCUGGAGAAGGGAUAUGAUACCAUUUUUAUAAGACCUAUUAGCUCAUAGGGUUUUGCCAGUCUUCUUAUGUAUCUGGGGGGUGGAGGGGGUAAGUAUGGGUCUUUUUUUAAAGUUUAAAUGAUUGAUUGAUUGAUUAAUUAAUCAAUUAUUUUUCUCACACCAAACUAAAAAAAAAAACUGCAUCUACAGACAUCAGCAAAUGAAUGUCUCUGCCAUGGCUAGCUAAGAAAUAUUUAUGAUUUAAUACUCUGACAAUUUCUGUGGUAAUUUGCCCAACCCGAGGGCAUUUAUGGUUAUUUAGGUCCAUUUUCUAUGAAUUCAAAGUGGCUUCAGUUUGGACCAGUAGAACCAACCAAGAGGUAGGUUGCCAAACAGGAUUUUGCACAAAAAAAAGUAAUUUAUCCCAAAUACUAAUUGCAUGUUACUCUGAUUUUUGUUUACCUGAAACUGCAUUAGCAAAUUUUGGGAUUAACUAUUCCUAAAGUGUUACGUAAAACAAAAAUGCCCUUUGACCCUGAAAUCCUGAGGUGGAAGUAGAUACAGAGUCUUGGUCAAACCUAGGAAGCCCAAUACAGUGUUAUCAAUGAAUCUAACACAUUCACACCUGAUUAUAAACUGGGUGUCAUCAUUUUUUAAUGCAGUUAUAUGCUAUUAGUAAUGUAUUACUCAUUUUCUUGCAUGUGGUGGACAAAAAAACAUAAUGCCCAACAUAAUAUGGAUCAGAGCCAAUUAUUGCCUUAUGACCAUCUGCUUUGCAAGUUCUUAACUUUGGGUGUAGUGUGGUAUGGUCCCAUUCCUUUCUAAGAAAAAUCUCAAGUCUUAGUAGCCCAGUUGAUUUUAACCCCUUAAGGACACAUGACAUGUGUGACAUGUCAUGAUUCCCUUUUAUUCCAGAAGUUUGGUCCUUAAGGGGUUAAAAAGUUCCUGACAUUUGUUAAAUAUUAGUGUUUUUUACUACUCCUAGUAGUGUUAUUUAAAUCCUCGUGCCUUUAUCCACAUGUUUUUAAUCGUGCCUUUAUCCACAUUAAAGAAAAAAUUGUUCUUGUGCAUCCUCAACUUUAUUAUUCUUUUACUAAAUAUGUCUUAAGAAAACUGAAAACUUGUAUGCAUUAUCUGACCGUUCAAGCUUUUAGAGUUUAAACAUGUUUGAGAAAUGUUGUCUGGUCAAUCAUGUUGGUAGAUUGGAAAUUGAUACUCCUAGUCACUGAUACUGAAUGCAUCUUGGCUUGUAUAACUAGGAUCAGGGCAAGUCUGGUAUCACUGUUGCCAACUUGACACAUAUUCCGCCUUUCCACUAUACUAUAAUGUAGUUGAAGGAACUGUGGAGCAUUAGAUGUCUCCUGGUCUGGCUCCAAACCAAGUAAAGGAAAAUCCCAUGUGAUGUCAUUAUGCUAAUGACAUCACAUGACAACCGUGUGGAACUUCAUUCUUGUAAUUUCUACAUGCAUAAGCGGCUCGUGAAAAGUCUGCUGCAAUAGGCUGCUCUCUUAUGGAAUUAAAUUAGCUCUAGCGAUUAUAUGUAUUGCAUGUGUCCUGUACUGUCAACCACUGAACAUUAAACUAAAAACAAAACAACAGCAAUAAGUAAUAAAAAUAUGUCCACAAAAAUUAAAAUAGCAAAACAUAGACAAUAAUUGUAUUUUUGCUGUUUAAAUAUUUGUUUUGUAACAAAUGUAUGGCUUAAAAUAUGUGAUCUAGCUUUAUGUAGGUCAUUCUAAUGAAUCCAUCCAGCCUCUGAUUCUUUUAUUCUGUUUCUUAUUUUUGCCAUAUAUACACCCGUGAGAUAAAACACAUUAAGCUGGUAUGGAACUUGUUAUUAUGGUGGCAUUUAAUUGUAUCUCAUAGAACAUAUUAAUUAUAUUGGUACUUUUUAGAUGAAAAAUGUAUCGAGGGAAAGGCAAGUUAAAAAACGGAUUAAGUUGUUUCUGUUUUGUGUAUAUAUUUGUGUAAUAACGGCACUUAAUAAAAAGUCAUUAUAUUAUGCAGAGAUUGCUACUAGUUCUUCAAACAAAAUGUACUUAUUUGUUAGGGACACAUCAAGUCCCAUUACAGUCUAUGCUUCAGGCAUAUGUUAUGGUCCAAGAAACUUCCUUUUUCCUGGGGUUUUGCACUUACCGUAUUUUCCGGCGUAUAAGACAACUGGGCGUAUAAGACGACCCCCAACUUUUCCAGUUAAAAUAUAGAGUUUGGGAUAUACUCGCCGUAUAAGACUACCCCUCUUCCAAUGCACACCAAAUAAAAAUUAGCCAUGAUGUACAGUGAGCAGACAGAGCUACACAGCAAGACAUUAAAUAAUGAUAAUCUGAAAUAGCAUUUAAAGCCCAGGUAUGUGCCAGGCUGUUUGGGCAUAUAAUCCAUGCCUGCUGGUCUAGCACACAGGAGGCUAAUUGCGAUAUAUUCUUUUUACUCUCCCCCUCCAUUCUUUUUACUCCCCCCCUCCAUUCUUUUUAAUCCCCCCUCCAUUCUUUUUACUCCCCCCAAUUCUUUUUAAUCCCCCUCCAUUCCUUUUACUCCCCCCCUCCAUUCUUUUUACUCCCCCACUCCAUUCUUAUUACUCCCUCCGUUCUUUUACUCCCCAAUCCUCCCUACGUUCUUCUCACCUCCCCUUCCCUGUGCAGAGUGGGUGGCCGAGCUCCUCUUCGUCCUGUCAGUCCGGCCGGGUACCGCACGGUACAGGAGAUUCAGUUACCUGUUCCUGGCCGGACUGAAAGGAAGUGAGCACUCAGUGGACUGACAGGAGGAAGAGGAGCUCAGCCACCCACUCUGCACAGGGAAGGGGAGGUAAGAGAGGCAGUGCGGCAGCCGUCUGAGCGCUCUCUAUAGAGCGCUCAGGCGGCUGCAGCAUUAGAAGGUCCGGCGAUAGGGCGCAGGGUGCCCCCAGCAACCAUAUAGACCCUAUACCCGGCGUAUAAGACAACCCCCGACUUUGGAGAAGAUUUUCCAGGGUUAAAAAGUCUUCUUAUACGCCGGAAAAUACGGUACUUUUAAAUGCAUUGACUUCCAAAACUCUCUAUAGUUACAGGAGUAUUCAUCGCUCAAGGAAAGUUUUGCAAUCCCACCCACGGAAGUCUCUACUACUUCUGGAGAGCUCCCACAAAGACAAGCUUGGUGCUUACUCAUCUAGCUCCAUUCACUAAGCAAAGUGAAUGCAUAAUUUCAUCACCCUGACAUAGGUUGCAAUAAAGCUUCUAUUAGAAGUUUUAGCCACUUCUUGGUUUGUGAAGAGCUUACAGUAGAAGCUGUACAUCCUGGGGAUUUGUAUCAAAUCUAGAUUUUUUUUUUCCAUGCGAAGUCAUUCAUUUGUUUGUAUCAAGCAUUAAAAAUAACAGUCAGCUCUGGCAUUAAGUGUCCAUUUAAGUUUUGUUUUAUUUUAAUUUGUUAAUAUAUUAACAUUAAGCAACCUCUGAUCCAAGUGUAAAAUAGUUUUUGUUAUGGGUAACAAAAUAAGUCACCAUUCUUUAAUAAAUUAGGAUCGUACUACUUUUAUUUGACUUAAAUGAAAGCUUGCUUUACAAGAGAGCUUAUACAACUCACAGUCUACAUAGAAAAUAACAUGAGUGGAACUGUUGCAUUUAGAGAGAUGCCAAAACACAUCUAAGAUGGGCAUUGCAAAUUAAUUUGUCAGCUAAGUUUUUGACUGCUACCUUAUUGGCUUUAAAUCCCAGACCUCUUUUGCAUGAGAUCUAAUUGUUUUUAUCUCUGUCUCACUAACCAAUUUCCUGCAUUCAUUGCUGUACACGUUGUACAUAAUCUGGAACAAGUAAAAAGCAUCUUAAAAAACACUUUUAUGCUAAAUGCCCAUAUAAGCAAGAAUACCCCCCCAAACAGCAUUCAUUUCCUGGAGCCAACGUUUCCCAUCUGUCCCAAGCUUUGAUAAAAUACAUGCGGGGCUAAUUAAUUCCCUUUUCCUCUCUGAUGUUGUCAUUUGGAAAAACUCUCAGAGUCAAGUAUAUGUGUUUUAAAACACAUCAAACGUUUAUCCUUUUUAGACACCAAUCAGUUUAAGGACAACUGCAGAGGUGCCUAGGCUACCAGGCACCCUGGUUGGGAGUGUAUGUUGGCACCACCCUAACUGUAGACCUUUUUGGGGGUGUCACUCUACACUGCCAAUAACAUCUUUCUUUUUAGCGAUAUUACAUACACAUUUUUAUACACAAACAUACUCAUAUACAAGCUUCCAUUCAUAUACACACACACAAACAUUCAUAUACACAUGCACAUUCAUAUGUACGGCUCAAUUUAAAAUACUUGUAUUUGCUUACAAAUCUCUUCCUAACACUGCUCCUAUCAACCUAUCGUCACUAAUACACAAGUGUGUCCUCUAACACACACCUUCAAGACUUCUCUAGCGCUGCACUGUUCCUAUGGAACUCUUUUUGUUGCUCCAUUAGACUCUCACGCACUCUCUAAUCCUUUAAAAAAAUAAUUGAAAACUCACUUCUUUAGGAAACCAUAUCAAUUAAACAGGUAAUAGCUUUCCUCCCCCACACCUUGAAAACCCACCUAAUUUCCUCUUCUGCAACUGUGUCAUCUAAAAAUAAUAAGCAUUCGUACUUCUAUUAAAGACACAAAAAAUCCAUGUGUUUCACCCCUUUGUGGCUUUAUCAAGCAUCUUUUUCCACUUGUUAAAGCCCCAAAGGGUGAAACGCAUUGUGGAUUUAUUGUGUUUUUGAGUAAUAAAAACAUUGUUUUUUUAUUACUUUUAUCCUCAGUAUUUUGUUUCCAACCUGGCAUUUGGAUUUAUAACCUAUAAUACCUGCAGACAACCAUCAAAAGAAUCCUAGGAGGGGAUUAUACCACCCACGCUUGAAACGUAGUGUUUUGUCUGCUCAUUUUAUUUCCAUUUAUCAUGUAUACUUACCCAUAUGGAGAGCACCACAUAGUUAUUCCUUUCUAUCCUAUGUGGUCCACCCUGUUGUGAAUUAUUACCAGAGGGAUAUCCUACAAGUGGGGGUCAAAACUGAUUCCUCUUCUGCAAGUGUCACUAGUCUAAUACUAUCCUUACCUUUUUGUGUCAUUUUACCCCACUCCCUCUAGCAUGUAAGCUCAUUGAGCAGGGCCCUCAACCCAUCUGUUCCUGUGUGUCCAAAUUGUCUGGUUACAACUACAUGUCUGUUCGUCCACCCAUUGUAAAGCGCUGCGGAAUUUGAUGGCGCUAUAUAAAUAAUAUAAUAAUAACAUAAUAAAAACCACUGUAUGCUGUUUUUUCCACAGCUGGUUAAAGCUUCAUCAAAUGUGAGUUGGCAAUUGGACUUUGGUUAAAGCUCCAUCAAGUGUGAGUUGGCAAUUGGACUCAAGUGUUGUAUGUUAAUAUUUUAGUGACAUAUUGCACUAUUGGUUUCCCCUGAUAUUCUGCUCUCUUCCAUACGCAGUCAUACAUGAAGUCUUAUUCAAGAGAAUUAUACGAAAAUCUAAGAAAAGAAUUGCUAUUGCGGAACUGUGUCUGAUUACCUGGUAUUUUAUCUUGUAUUUGCCUUUGGACUUUUUAUUUUGGAUUUUUGUCUUUCCUUUUAAAGUUGCAGUUUUAUAUUGAACUAUUUGCGCAUCCUGUAAUCCUGUCUUCUACCUCUAGAAUGUAAGCUCAUUUGAGCAGGGCCCUCAACACCUCGUUUUAUUUUAAAUAUUUGUUUGUUAGUCCACCUAUUGUACAGUUCUGCAGAAUUUGUACACACAUGCAUACUAACAUCCAUACACACACACUCAUUUGAUUUUUAUCUAGAUCAAUAUACAUGGGAUACAGUGAUAUGCUGCUGGGAUCAGCAUGUACAGUGACUGCACAGCUCUCUGUAGGUCUGUACUGAGACUGGGAUGAUGUUACAAUAUGGCAUCUAGAAUUAGUACGGAAUGACUGCUUGGUCUGCACAGUUGCACAGGCAGUGCGAGCCCUUGUCGAAAGGCAACUCAGCUGGUAGGCAGAUUCCUGCUUUGGUUAGAUGGUGGUGGUUAGUGCAUCUCACUGCUGCAUGUCUUCCUACUUACCUCUUCUGUCUAGUAUGCCACUGGACAUCUGUAACCACUUCUUGUUCUAGCUGAACUUGCAGCAGCAGGUAUGCUACGUCGGUCUGAUAACAGUACGAUCUGAACCAACAGUUCUGAACGUCAGUCUGAUAAAAAAAAGUAUAAAUUAGAGGGCAGGGCUUGACUGGCUUGGUGAGCAGUUGCACAUUGCUUGAGCUCCAUUAGACAUGCUGAUUUUAAUCAAUUUAUAUGACUUUCUGAUUGAAACAUAGACACAUAGAAUGUGACGGCAGAUAAGAACCAUUCAGCCCAUCUAGUCUGCCCAAUUUUUUAAAGUACUUUCAUUAGUCCCUGGCCUUAUCUUAUAGUAAGGAUAGCCGUAUGCAUAUCCCACGCAUGCUUAAACUCCUUUACUGUGUUAACCUCUACCACUUCAACUGGAAGCCUAUUCCAUGCAUCCACUACCCUCUCAGUAAAGUAAUACUUGCGGAUAUUAUUUUUAAACAUUUGCCCCUCUAAUUUAAGACUAUGUCCUAUUGUUGUGGUAGUUUUUCUUCUUUUAAAUAUAGUCUCCACAUUUACUUUGUUGAUUCCCUUUAUGUAGUUAAAUGUUUCUAUCAUAUCCCCCACUGUCUCGUCUUUCCUCCAAGUUAUACAUGUUAAGUUCCUUUAACCUUUCAUUGUAAGUUUUAUCCUGCAAUCCAUGAACCAGUUUAGUAGCCUUUCUCUGAACUCUCUCUAAAGUAUCAAUAUCCUUCUGAAGAUACGCUCUCCAGUACUGCGUACAAUACUCCAAGUGAGGUCUCACCAGUGUUCUGUACAUUGCCUAACUUAAUCCUGAUAACUCUGCUGACAUCCUGUUGGCAUAUAAUCUGCACUUGUUGCUGACAGCUCUGCUUCACUUUGUCAACUUUCUGCUGUGGCAACACUGCGGUCUACUUGGUGACAAGGGCAUGAUGAAGUCAAACCAUCUAUCAGCCCUCCAUAAAUCACAUGGUGGAAGCUUCAGUGGAUACCCUGUUUGCCCUCUUUGCCAAUGAGGCAGAGUUUGAGAUACAAGCUUUAGAAAAAGAGCUAUAUUUGCUAACCCAUACUUGUCAGAUAUAAAAGCAUAAUGUGGGUUCUGUUCACUAAACAGUGAUAUUUGUUGAGUUGAUGAGUUAACAAAUAACCUGUAAAAAAAAAUAACAAAAUGCAUGCUAAAAAAGCCAAAUUAGAAAAAAUAAAAAACUUUUACAGAUUCUGCAUUUUUGUGAUAUGGCAUUAAGAUUUGAUAUUGUUUGGCCUAUAAAACAUAUCGGCAACUAAAAUUUGAGCUGUUUUGUAUUUAUUUUUAUUUUGGUUACAGUGUCAAAUAAAAGAUGUCUAUUGUAAUCACUUUUUGCAGAAGUGCCAUAUGUUACAUAUCUUUUUAUAGCUGUGACAAAAUGCAUACUAAUUGAAAAACAUGGAAGCAAGACGUUCUGCAUUCCACUGGGCAAAGAUGGUAUUUACAAGCAAAUGCACAGACCUUAACAGGUUUCAUGCCAAAUUGUCACUUGAUUGUGAAAACACAGGGUUAUUUGUGACAGUAAAACACUGUCAAAUUGUGAUGAGGUUUUAGCCAUAUGUUAUCUUUUGUUUAAGUUCACAGUGUUUUUUUUUUUCUUUUUCUUCAAAAUACGCUUAAGGAAAUAUAGAAAACAGAGCAAUAAAUACUGAGGACAAACUAUAUUAUAAAAUGUAUAUAUAUUAUAAAAUGCUAAUCCAAAUGAUAACACGUGUUAAGACAGCUAAUAACAAAUAAUCAGCCAUGUGGAAUCAAGAGAGAGACCAGAAAUCUCUACAUGUAGAGAAGGCUUUAAAAAAAAUAAUCAUAAAAUAAUAACAGUAAAAUUGUUAUGUCUAUUCACUCCCUCCCCCCCCCCUUUCCUGACUACUGUAGGAGUUAUGUGGCCCAUUAAAACCUCCUAGACUAUUUGAAACCUGAGGGUGAUCCUACAUUUUCAACAAGAUUGCAGGAAUUAUAUCAGUAACUAGUGGCUUCUAAUAGAGAAAUAUGUUCCUUUACAAGUUGUUAGUUAUUGCUGGAAUAUAAAUGAGGGUGCGUGAAGCCUUAUGAACUAAAUUUCACAUUGCAAAUUACAUGAAAAUAAAUAAAACAUAGUCAAUAUGUUCAUUAUUGACCAUGUACCUGCUUUUUAAAUUUAGUGACCUCUAUAUUUCUCAAAUGCUCUAAUCUACACAUGCCUGACUUCACCUGCAAAAGCUCCACUCUUUAUCUGUUCUUCAAAUGUCUUUGUGCAAAACCAUCCAUAACCUUGCUCCUCUCUACCUCUUAUCAAACUCAUCACUUAUAUCCCGCUAUAUCUCUGCCCCUCCUUACCACGCCCUCACUUCAGCAUCCCUUGCCCAGCCAACACACCUCUGUGCUCCCAACACACCUCUGUGCUCCCUCCUGUUCUUAUUAAUUGUAUUUCAUGUGCUCAGUCACCUCUCUCUCAUCUUUUCACAAACUCCUAAAGACACACUUCUAUCCCUUACGGUUUCAGUGUACCUGACCAUAUACUCCUCCCACUAUCCCCAAUGUAAUAUUUAUCCUGGCCUUCACCUGUCCCUCUCCAGAUGCAACUAUGCCUAUUUAAAGUCAACCUGACCCUUGACACAUGACCAAGCUAGAUUUUCAGACUGCACCUGGUAAUCUCUCUUCUCCCGUACACCCACUUACUCUCACUUCCACCCUGUCUUCACCACAGGAUGUCUGGAGAAGUGGUCUCUCCAAGAGGCGUACUUAGGGUUCAUGGCACCUGUAGCAGAAAUGCAUUUUAAAAUACUUAUUGAGUUUACAAUUACAAAAAUGUAUAAGUGAACCUUUGUUGGUUGGUGAAAGAGAUAUUUUAAAAGCUUUCAGCACUAAGGUUCCUUCAUUAGGCAUGUUUUGGGUGACGUUUAGACACAGUUAGAGGAAAAAAAAGUACAAGCAAAUACCCAGACAUUAGGAUGACACAGCUCAUUUAUGAAGGAACAUGAUCAAGCCAUCUGCAAUGAUUUCACACGAAUGUGUGUGAAUUGGAACAACUGUAUUUUAUGAUUUGCUUUUCACCCUGCAAACUAUUUACUCAAAGUAUACUAUCACUUUAGAUUGUAAGCUCACAAGCUGUCUUCCAAAGCAUGUUGCUGGGAAUGCUGCAGGAAGUGUAUUGAAGCUCAUGAUUAGGGUUCUCUUCUUCUUUCACGUCAGUAUUUCCAGUUACCUUUUCUCUGUCUGUAAAUCCUUGUAUUGUAAUUUGUAAAGCAUUCUGGAGAAGAGUAAAGGUCACAUGAAUAAAUAAAUAAACAUACAUAUUUACAGACUGUGUAAAUUUAGGUCAGCAGUGACAAAAAAUCAGAUGAUCACAAAUUAAAAAUGGCUUGCAUACAAAAUGUAUGGUUUAUGGUGAUUCUUUGGUUAGUAGAUAGCAGUGUUUCCCCAUUUUUAUUCUCUACCAUCCAUAGAUUGUAGGAAGACUUAAAAAUGAGGCAUUCCAAACAAAUCUAAGAAUGAAUUAUUAACUUAAAACAAAUUUGCAGAGCUAUUUACUAAAGAAUUUCGGGGAAUUCAAAAUCCAUUUUAAAUGUAAGGCCAAACUGAAAUCAGAAUUGACUUGGAAAAUAUUUCUAAUUCUGUUAUUUUGGUCUGAAUUUUGAAAAUUCACUUAAAAUUCCUGGCAAUUCUCACUUUAGUAAAUCACUGUUUUUAAAACAAUUAGUUGUACACAUCUAUUCUAGUUUAAUUACCUGAUCAGAAAAUAGAAAGAAUGUUUAAAUACUGUGCAAUCUUACAAUUGUCCUUGAUAUGCAGGGGUUAUCACAUGUGGAAAAACUGAUUAAUGAAAGUGGUAAGGCAUAUUUUUUUAAGUUGUUCCUUGUUAUAAAUCUGCUGUCACUGUAUAGUUGGUAUUUUGUAUAUCUAAAGUUAACUUGUUAUGGGCCCAUGUCAUCCUCCCAUCCAAUGCUUCCAUGUCCUCCCAGAGGUAGGUUUUGCACUUCUGUAACACCCAUCUCCUGUCCACCUGUACUCAACCCAUGGUCUUCUUUGAUUUGUCCAAACAAAACAAACCUCGUGUGAGACGCCAACAUACUGGCAUUAUUGUCAGAAUGGAGUGACAAGAGUCCCAAUAAUCCUAUACUCCCUAGCCAGCUAACAGCACACAAUCUGUCAGUUAUCCACGGCGAGCAGAAGAACUGCCUGUUAGAGGUCUCUUUUUCUCUCCCUGUCACUCAAUUCUUUGGCAUGGGGUUUAUGCUGAAGAAUUGAUUGACAGGUGAGAGGAUUACCUAUUUUUAAAUAGAAUUUUCUCUUAAUCUAUUAAAAAAAUUCGCUAGCACAAUGCAUACAAAGAAAAUUGUUGUUUUUUUUUUAAGAUGAGCGUAAGUUAUAAAUGUGAUGACAGGUACCCUUUAAGAGAAUUUGAAAACCCACAAAACUAUGCUGUGUUCAUGAUUCAUUGCCGAAAACAUUAAAUUGUUAUUAGAUUGCCACAUACAUUUGCCUCAUUGAAAGUAACAUGACUAAUACAUAACUGAGGCAAUGUUAGUAAUAUGUACCAAUUGGAAUAAGUCUAAACUGAUGAUGGAGACAGUAGAUCAUUGUCCUACAUCUGGAAGACAGUUUACAAGAAGUAAAAGUAUUAUUUACUGUUAACAGUCUGAACAUUGCUGCUAAACAGCUAUAUUUUUCUUUCUGAAAUUCUGUCUGAUUGAGUUAGCAAUGGGAAAUAUUAUGACGGGAGCAUCAGUGCUGGAAAAGUAAUUUUGCAAUCUAGUCAUAAUCCUUGAAGAGGUGUAAAAUCUUUAAAGGAAGUAGAUUUUCCAAAAGAUUUUGUAACAAGGUGUCAUUGUAGUUUUCUUUGUUUUUAUACGGAUAGGGACAGCUAGCAUUUAUAGCAGUUGUGCAUUAAAUGUUCUACCCAUAAUUUUAUGAAACAAUAUAAAGGCAUACAGCACUGAAAUAUGUAAAAAUAAUAAGUAAAGAGAUACAGUUGCAAGAAAAAGUAUGUGAACCCUUUGGAAUGAUAUGGAUUUCUGCACAAAUUGGUCAUAAAAUAUGAUCUGAUCAUCAUCUAAGUCACAACAAUAGACAAUCACAGUCUGCCUAAACUAAUAACACACAAAGAAUGAAAUGUUGCCAUGUUUUUAUUGAACACACCAUGUAAACAUUCACAGUGCAGGUGGAAAACUCUUGCAACUGUAAAUGUGUAAUAAAUAUGUAUGCCAUAUCUAUGUGCAUUGGCCCCCUAACUCAUAAAUUACUCUCCCUCUAUCAUACAUGGGGAAAGGAAGAGAGUUCUAGCUCCGGUGAAUAAGUGCUCCAGGAAACCUCUUUAACCCCUUAAGGACCAAACGUCUGGAAUAAAAGGGAAUCAUGACAUGUCACACAUGUCAUGUGUCCUUAAGGGGUUAAAUUACUGUUUAUUCCCACUCUGCUGCACUUGUAUUAGUGAAUUGGCAAACCACAAAACAGGUUCUCCUGGGAUAGUUGUUGGAUCAUGGACUACCGGUUAUUUUUUAAUUACUCCACGUAAUUACUUCAGCCUUCCAGUUUUGUGAGAGAGCUUGCCUCCUAAUUGUUUAUGUUUAUCUAUUUUCCACUAUUGCAAUUCUACUGGAUUAUCUUUUUCAUUGUUUCGUUAUUUCUAGACUUUAUAGUGAUUGGCUGCUAUUUAUCAAUCUGUAUGAAUAUUUUCCACAUACAAAAUAACGAGUUCCUAUUUGCAUAUUCUGCAGAGGGUAGCAAACACGAUGAACUAGUGUAAUAGUGUUGUCUAUGAAAGGACCAGCACUUGCCUCUCCUUGCCUUCAUUGUAGAGUCUGUGUAAUCUCUAAUGUCAGCUGCUACCCAGAGUUAUUUGUAUAAACAAGUAUUUGAUUAAUUCAGAAUGUAAAUGCCCAAUUCAGCAUUUUAGCAAGUAGAUUGAAGAUUUUAACUAAGCAAAAUAAGUUCAAGAGGCUUACCAAUGGACAUAUACAAGGUGCUACUACCACAGGGCUUCUGGGGGUUUUAUAGUAUCUCCCCUAAUCCUGCUUUGUAUCAUGUGUACCUUGAGAGAGGCAAGAGGAUACACAUAGCAACCGCACAAGGUUAUCCAAAAAUUUACCGAUUUGUCCAUAAUUGCCAAACUGCUAAACUCUUCAGUUUUCCAAAUAAGCAUGCCAUAUUAAAUCUUCUCAAUAACAAACCUUAGAAUGAUGAAUUUGUCAAAUACUGGUGCUGAUUCAUUUACCAUCAUAGUCUAUUUCCAGAUCUACAUUUUAGCGUGCAUAUUUUAGUAAACAGUGUGCAUUGCUGCAGACUUAAAUUGUCUGUGUUUUGCCAAUUGAAAGCCAAAAUUCAUCAACAAUUAGCUCACAUAAAUGUUAAUUGUUCUAAUUAAGUUCCAUAUUGUUUGUUAUCUAGAAAUGUUUGCUGGUAGACUUGGAGGUAAAGGCUUAAUGUCAAAUUAGUGAGUCUACACAAACAUGGGUAAGUUAGGUCAAAAUUUAUUCAAGAUCUUAGUCAAAGCAGGAAGCGUUAUAAUCCCUGGUCAUGGAUAUUCCAUUUUACAGAAGAACACUCACCAAAAGAAAUAUCCAUGAGCGGAAAUUAUACCUCUUCAUGCUUUAUAUACCCUUUGGCUGUUUUAUUGGAUUACAAAAUUGGAUUUCCCUAUACUUUUAUAUUUUAUGUGAGUCACGCAUGUUGUGAAGGUGUCACUAUACAUACCGGUGUUCCUGAAAAGAUUCAGAGUGUUUUUCUACUGCAUAUCCUGUGACAUAGCUGCCACUGAAUUUAAAAAGAUCAUUUUAACACACUGGCCGAUUAUUACUUGUCAUAAUAUUAUGCAAAUUGAGCAAACAAAUAAACCAAGAGUGGUGUUCAAACAAAAUACAACCAUCAAAAACCUUGUAGCCCCAAGUAUGCCACGUAUGAAAGGAAACAUGACCAUUGCAACAAUACUUCCCCUGAAAGGAAUAUACAGAUGUAACCGGAAAGCUUGUUCCACAUGUGGAUUGAUCCCCAUCAAAGACAACAACAAACAUUUCUUGUCAAACAUCUAUUCUAGACAAAGCAAAAACAUAUGAGAUUGAACAAUUUAUUAAUUGCCAUACAUCAUAUGUCAUAUAUCUUCUCGAAUGCCCUUGCGGCAAACAAUAUGUGGGGUGCACAUGUAGGAAACUUAAAACAAGAAUAGGGGAACACCUAGGAGGAAUCAAGAACAAAUGUAUUAAUCAUGGUGUACCAAUCCAUUUUGCAGAAAAUCAUGGAGCUAACUCAAAAGAUCUAAUAGUGAGGGGCAUUGAGGCAAUCAAACCGACCUUCAGGGGAGGUGAUAGAUUAAAAACCCUCAGACGGAGGGAAUCAUAUUGGAUCUUCAAGCUUGGUACACUCAGGAAUGGGGUCCUUAAUAAAGACCUAGAUCUAGCAGCCUUUUAAUAAUUUAAAUUUAAUUUAUUAUAUAUCUUUUUUAUUUACUAUUUAUUUUUAUUUCCAUUUUUAUUUUAUUUUAGUUUUUUAUUUAGUUUUAUUUAUAUCCUUAUUUUGGUUUCAUUUUUUUUUUUUGUUUACUUAUAUUUUAUUUACCAAAGAAUGUUCUGUCACAUAAGAAGAGUUUACUGGUACCAUCACUCCCUCUCCAAUACCUGAGGACUAAUUAAAGAAAUCAUCUCCUCUACAUAUUCUUAUAUUUUAUAUAGUGAAUACAUUACAAAGUUUCAUUGAUUGAGACUUCUGCUGUGUGAAACUAGCACUUUUUAUUAACACCUCUCUUUGAUACAACAUUCUGAUCCUAUGUUGGCUCACUUUAUAACAAUGUGUGUUUAAUAUUCACUUGCUUAGUUUUAAUGUCUAAGUACAGUUUUAGCUCACUAAAUCAGUAUGUCUUAAACAAAAGUAGUACUCGAUGUGAACCUUUUUUUUUAAUAAGGAUAUACAUACUUCUUUAUGCAACACAUAUCUAUUGCUUUAUAUGUAUUUUAAGAAGUAUUGCCUACUAUCAGUAUCUAUACUCCUGUUAUUAUUUCCUUAUUUUAUUAUACUAUUUCAUAUUUAAAACAGAGUUUAGUAAACACUCCCUUCUUUUUUCAUCCUGGGUAUCGUUAUCUCUUUAAUAAUCGUAAUUAACUUAUCAAGGAGGGUGUAUAUAACUCUAUUAUUGGAUCGUCCAAACUCCCUGAGGAAGUGAGUGCAUACUCAGGAAACUAGAAGGAGCGGACGAUUACCGAUUUCCGAUUUCUCCAAACGUUCUUGUCCCCUGUGAUCUGCUGAACCCACUAGUUCCCGGUAUUGUUUGGCGCGCCGCCGGAGGAACUAUUAUAUUGGCUCUGCAAACACAUCUUGAGCUUUACCUCAAUCUAGGUGGACGGAAUAUACAACAUUUCCCCACUCCCGGUUAUCCUCAUUGUCCAGCUCUGACCUGUACAUUAUUAGGCAUCACCUGGCAUUCUACUCACUAGCACACAGACUUGUCUUUGUCAGACACCACUAUUUUGAGUUGAGUCCAAGGGGGCGGGGUGGGAUUUGUAUCACAGUAGAUUGUGUGUGAUUCAAGUACCCACAGAUUUUACUUUUUAUAUAUAUUUUUUAUAUUUCUCAUAGUUUGUAUUUGUAUUUUUACUUAUCUACUUUUAUUUAUUUUUAAUGUAGCAUAUUUGUAAUCGGUUACUUAUUUUUGAAUAAACUUACUUCACCAUAAAAGCCCUCCUUCUCUGUUUUGCGCUUUUUAGGCACAUCAACUAAGCAGUGAACACAAGAAUCCUAUUGGGACAUUUCUUCUUUAAAGCUGCAACAGAUUUCCUUUUGGGCUAUAUGUGUUUAUGAAGACUUUGUAACUUUUAUUUUACUUUAUUGUAUGUACAGUAUUUUAUGUAUUACUUGUUAUUGGUAUUUACUAGUUAUACUCCCAGUAGCGCAGUCUUGGAGAGGGCAGACUAGUGUCUUUUGGUGCCUUGUCUACACAUCAUUGUGCCAGUCCGUUCUCUACCUGUAUGCUUUAUCCUGUGACAUGGAUUGUAUUGUCAGACGCUGAUACAUGAGAGAUAAUAUAUAGUUCCUUGUUUGUGAGUACAUUUUCUAUUACCUUAUUCCUCACCGCUGUAAUAUACAAUAUUACACUAUUUUGCCAUCCAUGUCAUUUCAUAUCACAGAAUCCGCAUAAGCUGGUGAACACACUACAAUACCUUCUGUACUUCACAUUCCCUAUCAAGAUUUCUUCUAUCAAUCGAAUUUGGGACUAUUCUGUAAAUAAUAUUUUACUACUUUUUAUUAUUAGUGGUGUUUAACAUCUCUACACUAACAUUUGGCGCAGCCUGUUUUUAUCUUUACCUAUAUCAUUAUCCAAGUCUACCAUAAAGAGACUUCACGAGAGCAAAUACAGAGGGUUCACCACAAGGUGCAAACCAUUCAUAAGCCUCAAGAAUAGAAAGGCCAGAUUACACAGAAACAAUCUUAAAAAGUUAGUCCAGUUCUUGAACAUCAUUGUUUGGACAUAUGGUAAGAUCAACCCAUACCAGAAUGAUGGGUAGAAAAAAUAUGGUGAAGGCUUGGAAUGGCUCAUGACCCAAAGCAUACCACAUCAUCUGUAAAACAUGUUGGAGGCAGUGUGAUGGCAUUGGCAAGCAUGGCUUCCAAUGGAACUGGGUCACUAAUGUUUAUUGAUGUGAUGUCACAGAAGACAGAAGCAGCUGGAUGAAUUUUUAAGCAUAUAAGGAUAUAUUGUCUACUCAGAUUCUGUCAAAUUCAUCAAAGUUGAUUGGAUGGCGCUUCACUUUGCAGAUGGACAAUGACCCAAAACAUACUGUGAAUGCAACUCGGGAAAUUUUAAGGCAAAGAAGUGGAAUAUCCUACAAUGGCCAAGUCAAUCACCUGAUUGCAACCUGAUCAAGUAUUCAUUUCACUUGCUGAAUACAAAACUUAUUGGCCCCAGCAGCACCCUAUUUAUGCAUGUUCAGGUGAGUACAGCCCUCUGUUUCCAUUUCAAAGACAAACCUUAAGGCAGAAGGACUAACGAACAAGCAACAACUGAAUACAGCUGCAGUAAAGGCCUGGCAAAGCAUCACAAAGGAGGAAACCCAGCAUUUGGUGAUGUCAUAUGCAUUCCAGACUUCAAGCUGUCAUUGCCUGCAAAGCAUUCUCAUCAAAGUAUUAAAAAUGUACAUAUUUUUUAUGAUUGUGUUAAUUUGUACAAUUAUAUUUCAGCCCCUGAUAUGAGAGGACUGUGUAUGAAAAUGGAUACAAUUCUUAAAUGUUUCAUACUAUAUUUUUGUUUAACCCCUUGAAUUAAAGCUGAAAGUCUGCACUUCAAUUGCAUCUCGGCUGAUUACUUUCCAAUCCAUUGUGGUGGCGUACAGUGCCAAAAUUAGGAAUGUCUGCCCUUACAAUUUUAGCAGUGACAAAUAAUUCAAGUCAAUGGGGGUGGGUAAUUUGAUUUUAUGUAUCUGUGUGGCAGAGUUGCUACUAUCAGUGCCAGUAGGACUGGGAAACCCACAACCCCUUAGAGCAUGUACCAUUAUAGAAGAAAUUGUAGAGCUAGUAAUGCCAAGCACCACUUUCUAGAAAAACAAAGGGAUUGAAAUUCAGAGCUGGAUUUGGUGAUGUGUAAUACUUUUUAGUGAUGCGUAAUACUAAAAUAUAUGGUUCUACACUAAAAAAUAUUUCAUUUUCAAUGAUCCAUUAUAGGUACAAAACAUACUCUAAUAUCCAUUGUAUUCCUUUUUAUUUAGUUUUGUAUUUGUGGAGCAUUUAUAACUAAACACGUAUUAGGUUCAUGCAUCUCAAAAAGUAAUCUGUGUGAUGUAUUCAAUGAGGUAACUGAGAAAUCUAAGAGUCUCCUGGCUGCAUGUUGGUCUUGGAGAUGAGUAGUGUGAGAGUGUCAAUGAGAUUUUGAUUGAUGAAGUCAGGAUAUAAGCCGACGCCAGCAUUUAUCUAAAGUUUAUAAUUUUUUUCUCCUCUUUGAUAAUAUGGAAAAUUAAAGGAAUACAGAGUUCAAAAAAAGAAUUGUGGUUUAAUAUGAAAGCAAGUGGUCUUAGUUUCCAGAUGUGUUUUUAAAUCGUAUCAAAGCUAGAUGGAGUUUAUUUUGACCACAUUUUAAUCUGUAGGCUUUUCAAGAGGCUAAAAAUACAACUGCUACAUUGCAAUGAAAUGUAUGAAGCAGAACAAAAUGGGUAACAUAGCAUCAGCCUUUAAUGGCUAAGUUGCAGAUAUGUGUGAUCUUCAUAUUUAAUACUCUGUUAGCUUCAAAGGUAAACACAGUUCACAGACAUCUUCAGUUUAGAGAUUAGUCAUUGGUGUUCUAUCCAAUUUUCAAGUGUUUUCCUUUACCUUUCAUUCUUUUGUUUUCACACCUUUUUAAAAUGUAACUGUUACUAGGGGUCUCGUCGUGGUGAGGGGGGCAAGGUAAGGUACAUUUACAUGAACAUGUCCCUUGCAUGUGCUGCCAUCAUCUUCUAGCCAGUCCUCUUCUGCUCCUGGCUCUUUAGUGGCAGUAGCUGAUAUCAUGGCUGUAACCUUGUGCAUGCACAAUAGUGCAGCUGUCUUUCUAUGAGAGAGCCUAGGCAAAAUGUUUUUAUGACAGCAAUCCAUUUAAACUCUACAAUAAUUCUACUGAACAUAGAUUGUGAUUAUAUUUACACAAGCAUCUCGUCUGGUUUCCACAUCCCUUAUGAGGCACAGCAUAUUUCAAUAUGAUGUUAAUUAUGGACUGGUCGUUAUGUUAUAAUUAAAGACUCUUACACUAGUCCUACUUCAAGUUCAGCAGUAGGCUUCAAAAUUAUUAAACCCAAAUCAGUAUUGAGGUAUUUAGAGACUGCCACAGAGGUUAUAUAUAUGUAUUCUGAUCUGUAACAGCCUCUUUGAACUUUUAAGCUUUGAAAUUAGCAGCACAUGCUGAUGUCUGUGUGUUGCACUUACUUUAUAAUAGCAUUAUAGAUACAGACAUUUUUUCACUGUACAACAGCAAGCAAAAUAGUGUGGAAUAAAUUAGUGCAGUAGCAGAAUGAUAUGUAGCGUUCAAGUUCAUAUAAAGGAAUUCUCUUCUUUGUAGAUCUCUUUUUUGGGUAUUUUUCUGUUUUGUUUUGUUUUUGUAUUGCUCAGACAAAACACCUGUUGCUAAAAGGAGAUUAAAAUGUUUUCAGGGGACUGCGUCUAUUUUCCAUUGCCUGAUUUUCUCCACAAAUGUACAGUAUUUCCAGAGCUUGGUGUGUGUGGUGAGUGGUGGUCAUGUUUAUUGACUCAGUUGGACAGCUGCCCAGCAUUGAGGAGAACGUAGGUUCCAUUGAAGGAUGAAGGAGACAGUUGGCGACUGAUGCACGUGCUUGAAUGUGCGGUGCUUGGUCAAACAUCCUCUGUAAUAUAUCUGUUUACCAAUAUAUCACAAUAUCACAACUUUUAUGAGAGGAGGGACAAAUGGUGACAAAAAAUUCAGGGCUAGUAUUGGGUAGGGGGUAGGAAACAUGAGCACACAUGGAUUUAAAGAGAUUUCACUUCUAAAUUUAACAUUUAGUGUAGUCUAUUCACAAAACUUGAAUUUAGAAGAGAGACAGAAACCUAUAUGGAUAAAAUUUCUUGUUAGUGAAUACAGACAAAUGGUAAAUGGUGGGCUAAUGACAAAAGGGGCUUGAACGCAUAUGCAUACAACUGCUUCAUUCAUCCCCAGGGGGCAUUAAAAACCAAAAUGAUGUGUUCAUUUACAAAUACAAAAGGCAAUCCCGUACACUGACAGACAUGGGAAAAAAUGUCAGUCUAUGUGUUUCAUGUAGAUAAUAUAUUAUCAAGACCAAGUUUUGAGAAAACUAAGACUUGCUGCUUGUUUUGCCAUAACCGAUGGUGUAUAGGAUUGUCUUCUGCUGUUUUAUAAGCACACUGAAAUAUAUUUUUAAAGCUUUACAGGAAGUAAUACGUUUAUUAAUUUUGAAAGCACAUACUUUAUUUUUUAGUUAUAUAUAUAUAUAUAUAUAUACAUAUAUAUAUAUAUAUCAUUUUUUUUAACUUUUAUAUAUAUUUAUAAAUAUAUAUAUAUAUAUAUAUACAUAAAAAGGUAAAAGCACACAUAUUCUGCUCGAUAAUAUAUAUCCAUAGUAUAUAUUUAUAUAUAGUAUCGAGCAGAAUAUAUUUGCUUUUACCUUUAAGACAAGAAUCGUUCUCAAUUAUCCACCGUGUCGCAAUUUUUUUUCUCAUUUGUAGAAACUAGUCUAUAAGGAAAAGAGGAGAGAGGAAUGUUUGAAUAAAAUGGUUCUUAAAUCAAGACAAGGGAACCGUUGCCAUAACUUGGCAAAAUAUAGAGUUUUGUGAGUGUUCCAGCUAUAAGGGGGCGCCAACUUGCCCAGAGAUAUAUCCAAACUAAAACGCUUUGAAAAUAAAUUACAAAUAUAAGAAUUGGCCCAUUACGAUGAAUGUCACCAUAAUUAAUCACAAUGUAUAACUAAUGCUUUUUGUGCAGCAGUAAGUCGUAUUGCUGUUUUAUUUUCCUUAUACUAAAAACAAUUAUGCUAUAAAAGGAAAUUAAAUUACACAUUUCACUACUGGUUUCUUAUUACUCUUCAUACGUAACUGCUACAACUAAAUCAUUCAGUUCUUUUUUUUUUUUCUUAAACAAAUGUUGGAAAGAUCAUUUCACUUGUCUGUUAGGAUGAUGUUUUAUCCCCCUGGGUUAUACAGUCCUGUAGUUCAUUAUCUACAUUAUAAAUCUAACGAAAAACUUCUGCCUCUCCCCAAGGGAAGUGGUUUCCCUAGCAUGUUGACAAAUAAUAUAUUAAGGCAAGUUUUAGCUUGAAAAAAAUACAAUGGUUCGUAUUUCUUUUUACAGAUAUUUUUAGGUAUGCUGGGAGACAGACAAGGUUCCAUAAACCAUAUUGCAUACUACACACCUAAAUAUUUAGUCUUCUCUAGUUAACGUAAACAUUUUAUCAUUUAUUUUGGGAAGAAUUCAUUUAAUCAUUGAAUGAGAACUUGCUUUGAAGAGGCAGUCGUUGAUUUUUUCACUUACAACGAAUAUAUCACUUUCAAGUUGCAAAUAGAUGAGAAAAUUGUUUAAUUAUUCAAAUCAACAAAAAAGUCACCUUAUUCAUUUACAAGAUGUUAUAUUUAGUGCUUCACAUGUGUAUACUAAGUAUUAUCUUGUAACAAAUAUGCAUUUUAAUAUGCUAUAUUGUAUAAAUGUGUAAUUUAACACAAAGAAAUGUGGAAAUUAUAAUUUGAUUUUACUUUUGGUGGUUGUUUCCAGCUUUAACUGAUGUUCUAAAUGGCAUUAGUUGGUUUAGGAUUCCAUGACCAUAGAUAACUUUACCUAUAGGUAUUGAAUAGCAGUUCUGCCACUAAAGUCUUUUGGAAUGUUACAAUCAAUGUUUCAGAUUUACAUUCUUCUCUGGUUAAGCGUAACCCCUAAUAUCGUCAUUCUGCUUAUGAGGCCCUUGUUGAAGGCGUAAAAUCAGGUAGGCCAGUGAUGCAAAUCACAUCACUGGCACUGCCCAAAGUAGCAGACCCACCCAAAUUGGAGCAAGUAUGUUCAAAAAUAGGCAGUCCCUCUUAAAGCAUGUCAGGCUUCCUGCUAAUCACCCAGGUUGGCCAUUGAGAACGGGCCAUGCAAGGGGCACUGUUUCAGUACUCUCUGCAGGAUCACACUGUCCCAAGUGUAAUUCAAGCUGAUGCACUCACACUAUGCUUUUUGUGAACAGUUCUCUGGUGUCAGGUCAAUAGGAUAGACCUCUAAAUAGGGCCAAAAUGUUGGGAGGCCUGGUUAUAAAAUUUAGUGACACUUUGAGCUUUUCCAUGUUGAACUGCACAGGAUGUCACUGAAAUCUCUCCCAAUGCUCUCUUCUACUUUCCAUUCUUGGGUUUUUGAACUGCAAUUAAUAACUAUGGUCUUCACUGCUAUUGUCACAACAACUGGAGUGGAAAAAAGUGGCCUUCUCCUUGCUCUAUGUGAUUAUACUGAACUAAUGUUCCUGUGCUCAUCUAACCACCAUAAUAACCUCCUAUUACUUCUCAUGAGUGCUGGAAGUGAAUUGACCAGAAGCAUAUGUGAUUAGUACAAAGCAAAUAUUUAAUUCAUGUGAAGAAUUAAACUUACAUUUAACAAAGAAAAAACAUAACACACAAAUUUAUAGUAGAACCUUUAAUAAAAUUGCAGCUUUUAUUUACAAUAUUUUUUUUACUUUUAAACAGUAACAGAAAGGAAGACUUCAAUCAACAUGUAUUGGAUACAUAUAUUCGCUGUUAUUUUUUUAAUUCUGAGGUUUCCACAACAUGCAUUGUCUUGUCCACAAUCAUGUGCCUGUUAUGUCAACUCUGAAGUCCACUGUACAUUCCGGUCUCUCAUAGCAGUGCCGGCGAGAAUGCCAAAACAUGUGGAAAGAAUCAAUUUGGGGUAGGUAUCAAACUUUAUUUCCCUGCACAUCUUUUGAAUUGUUACACAUUAUUAGCUGAUAUUGCACAGAUGUUGAAUUGACUUUACUGUUACGGAUGACUACCCCGGUAUAUAUUUACACAUUAAAAAUAAAUCUGCAUGAAAUGUUCCGGCACUUGUCAAAACAUAACCUAAUACUGUUCCUAUUAUUCUGGAAGAUGAAAUUAUGUCCUACUGUGUUAUGGUUGUGUUAAACAGUUGUUCAUUAAACCACAAUUCUUUUAUGAAUAAGGCCAUUGAGUUUCUUCUAUGCAGUGUGACUUAUAAAGAUGUAAUAUACGUUUUUGCUUUGAGAUUUACCUUCAGUUUUUGGAAAGUCUAAAGGUUUGCUUUCCAAAUUACAUCUUGUCAAUAUAACUAACUCAAUUAACUGUAAAAUCAUAAAUCACAGAUACAAGUAAAAUUAAUCAAAUAUAGACAUUUUACCUUCAUCGUCUUGAGAAAGCCUUCUACUUUUUUUACUAUUUUAUAUAGGGCAGAACGACUAAAGCAAAAAUUAGCACAGCAUUUGGAAUGCUAGAAAUAUAAUUUACACAUUUUAUAUUUAAUCCUACGUAAACAGUAGUAGUGCAUGCAGUUAUAUAAUAUUUAGAUAGGCUGCACUGUCUGGUGGAGCAACACCAGUGGGUGAUCUUAGGUGUCCUUUCCAGCUAACAGAGAGCCUCACAGGGAGAGAUAGAAGGCAGAGAGAGAAGGGGUUGAGUGUCUUUUUGUAAUUGUGUGUAUCUGUGUGUGUAUCAGUAUGUAUGUGUAUUUUUGUGUGUCAGUGUGUUUGUUUAACUGUGUCAGAAUGUAUGUAUCUGUGUGUGGGCCAUUGUGUAUCUGUAUAUGUGUCAGAAGGUGUGUGCAGCAGUGUGUGUGUAUUUGUCCAUACUUUCCUACAUUAAAACAUCAACACUAAAUACAAACACACCACUGCAAUCGUCUGCCAACAUUACUUACAAACACAUCACUGCAUGCAAAAGGCAAAAGUAUAGUACAAAUACACUCCUACAUUUACACACAUGCUCGAUAGAAAAGUUUGUUCAUUUACUGAUUCCAUAGAAAAACAAGCUUAUGUUCAAGUGCAGUUGCACAACAGAUGAGUCUCUACCUUCUGGCCAUCCCUGUGCUAGAGGGUAGCCUAAAAAAUUCUUGUAGCAGGUCUCUCUCUACAUUAGUUCUGCCACGAUUUGAGACAUUACGCUGUCAUGACUAUUAUGCACAAGCUAAUUAAUAGUUCUAAACAGAUAAUUUGGCAAAGCACAGUGGGUAUUUUCCUCAAAUUAGUAGUUUGAUAUCCAAUCCACAAUUCCUAGACAGGAAACCAUCGGUUCACACGUUGGAAUGCUUGAUGUGGCAGGUACCAAUUAAUUUUAUUAGGCCUUAGACUUAUGUGUGUAUUUUUCUGGGAUUUCCAAACCUUUUUUAUUUGUUAUCCAAAACCAUUCAAGAAUUAUUAGAAUCUGUGGCCUCGAUUUAAUAUUGAUAAGCUUUUCAAAUUAUUUAAUAUUGUUUGAAAAACUUUUUAAAUGUUUUUUUCAAAAUGUGAAAAUAUAUAUAUAUAUAAAAAAAAAAUAUAUAUAUAUAUAUAUAUAUAAAAUAUAUAUCAGUAUUAAGCUAUUAAAACUUUUUUCAGAAUACUACAUCCUUUGAAAUGUGUAUGCAAAAUUACUAAAUUCAGGCCUGUAUUAAGCAUGAAUAUUUUGUUUAUCUAAAUGGCAUUUAAUUUUAAGAAGAUGAUUUCAGAGAAAUACUAUUUAGUUUUAUAUAUUUCCAAAAUAAAAGCAAAACAUUCUCAAACUGCAUCAUACAUAAUUAAAUUUCUUUAUACACUAAUAACAUUUUCUUCUAAUAAAUGCACAAUGUAGAAUAUGUCAGUUAGCAGCAGUUUGAUAGAAGGUUCCAAAAUUGGGGUUUAGUAGUUCAGUAUUUGCGUUUGUCUUUUUGUCAGGUUCAACAGCAUUCAGAGUAUUGCUGAGGACUCUUUCGCAGGACUAGCAAAACUGGAGAUGCUUCUAAUUCACAGCAAUGAAGUCCAUAACAUUCCCAAUGGUGCCUUUCAAGACCUGAUUUCAUUGCAGGUACUAUUUGUUAUUUGUUAUUUCAUACUUUAAAGACAUUAGAGAUGUAUAGAUUAUGUACAAUAAUGAUAAAAAAACUCUUCAGAAAUCAGAGGCAAAGGUUAAUAUUAAGAACAUUUCAUUAAAAAAAAUAGUAGAAAACAUGCAUACUAUAUUUUGUAUUUUUUCUUCAGGGUUAUUUAUUAUUAUUAUUAUUAUGAUAUUUAUAGAGCGCUGUCAAAUUCCGCAGCGCUUUACAAUAGGUGGACGAACAGACAUGUAGUUGUAACCAGACAAGUUGGACACACAGGAACAGAGGGGUUGAGGGCCCUGCUCAAUGAGCUUACAUGCUAGAGGGAGUGGGGUAAAAUGACACAAAAAGGUAAGGAUAGUAUUAGACUAGUGACAGUUGCAGAAGAAGAAUCAGUCAGGAGCUAGUAACAGUUUAAUUGAUAUGCUUUUAUGAAGAAGUGGGUUUUUAACGAUUUUUUGACUGAGUGAGCAUCUAAUGGAGGAGGGAAGCGAGUUCCACAGGAACGGUGCAGCCCUCGAGAAAUCUUGAAGGCGAGCAUCAGAGGUGGGAGUACGGACAGAAGAUAGACAUAAGUCUUCAGCAGAUCGUAAGGGCCUAGACGGGACAUACUUGUGUAUAAGGGAGGAUAGAUAGGUGGGAGCAGCAUUAUGUAGAGAUUUGAAAGCAAGAACCAGAAUUUUAAAUUGAGCUCUAUAUUUUAUAGGAAGCCAAUGUAGGGACUGACAGAAGGGUGAGGAAUGGGAGGUGCGGGCGGACAGGAAGAUAAGCCUCGCCGCCGCAUUCAUUAUGGACUGUAACAGCGCAAGUUGGGAGCACGUAAGACCACUGAGAAGCGGGUUACAGUAGUCAAGGCGAGAAAGACAGUGGAAUGGACCUUAGUCGCAUCUGGCGUUAAGUAGGGGCGGAUGCGCGCAAUAUUUUUGAUAUGGAAAUGACAGGAUUUGGCGAUAGAUUGAACAUGAGGCUUGAAGGAGAGGUCGGAGUCAAAGAGAACACCUAGGCAGCGAGCCUGCAUGGUGGAGCUGAUGGUAGCACCGUUGACUUGGAGGGAGACAGACACAGGAGGCUUGCUCACUGAAGGAAUGGGCUUGCAAAGUUGGGGAAUCAGACUGUUGAAUAAAGAGAUGUGAGGGUCAGCGAGCUUGCGAUAAAGGUAAGGGAGGGGGAAAUGUAUCUAGGUACAGAGAUGAAGAGAUGGAUAUUCAAAUAAAAACAAAUAUAUCAAUAAGAAAAGGGAGGGGUCAGAGGUCAGUCACAAAUCAGAGGGGAAAUAGAGGAAUGCAUAUAGAUGAAUAAAACAAUUACAUACAGGGCUAGCAAAACUACACUUUAGCAUAACAGACAAGAUAUAAAUACAAGAAAACAAGAAAAUAUAAAAUGUACACAGGAUAUAUUAAAUAAAAUAAAAUAAAUGUACAGGGUGGUUAAGUUAAAAAUAAAUGAAGGUGUGCAGGAUAGAGUGUUAGUGUUGUUUUCCAGAAGGCUACCUUUGCAGACGAUCAGGCUUUCUCACUGAAGGAAUGGGCUCUCAAAGUUGGGGAAUCAGGCUUUGCAGACGAUCAGGCUUGCUCACUGAAGUAAUAGGCUUGCAAAGUUGGGGAAUCAGGCUUAGCAGACGAUCAGGCUUGCUCACUGAAGGAAUGGGCUUGCAAAGUUGGGGAAUCAGGCUUUGCAGACGAUCAGGCUUGCUCACUGAAGUAAUGGGCUUGCAAAGUUGGGGAAUCAGGCUUUGCAGACGAUCAGGCUUGCUCACUGAAGUAAUAGGCUUGCAAAGUUGGGGAAUCAGGCUUUGCAGACGAUCAGGCUUGCUCACUGAAGGAAUGGGCUUGCAAAGUUGGGGAAUCAGGCUUUGCAGAUGAUCAGGCUUGCUCACUGAAGGAAUGGGCUUGCAAAGUUGGGGAAGGAAUGGGCUUGCAAAGUUGGGAAAUCAGGCUUUGCAGACGAUCAGGCUUGCUCACUGAAGUAAUGGGCUUGCAAAGUUGGGGAAUCAGGCUUUGCAGACAAUCAGGCUUGCUCACUGAAGGAAUGGGCUUGCAAAGUUGGGGAAUAAGGCUUUGCAGAUGAUCAGGCUUGCUCACUGAAGGAAUGGGCUUGCAAAGUUGGGGAAUCAGGCUAGUCACUAAUGACCUAAUCACAGCUAAAUCCAAAGGUCACUACUCGAUACUAAUUCUACUUGACCUCUCUACUGCGUUUGACACUGUUGACCAUGUUCUCCUUCUCCAAACUCUUCAAUCACUGAGUCUCUGUGACACUGUCCUUUCUUGGUUUUCCCCCUAUCUUUCCAUACGCUCAUUCAGCGUCUCCUUUUCUAAUGAUACCACCUCCCUUCGUCCUGUCCCUGUUGGAGUCCCUCAAGACUCUGUACUUGGUCCCCUUCUAUUUUCUCUUUAUACUGCCUCUCUUGGCAAACUCUCACACCUCUUUCCUCUGUCAGUCCUUAAAUUGGCUUACUGUAUUCUAUAGAAGUCAAUUUAAUGUACUAAUGUACACCUAUAAAGCACUGAACAAUUCUAGCCCCUCCUAUAAUUCUUCACUGAUCUGUAGGUAUGCCCCUUCUCGGUCUCUCCACUCUGCUCAUUACCUUCUCCUGUCCGCAACCCACCCUUGCAUGACUUCUCGCGGGUGGCUCCUUUCCUUUGGAAUAGUCUGUCUACCACCAUCAGACUCUCCCCUGGUCUUCAAUCGUUUAAAAAGUGCCUCAAAACCCAUCACUUCAGGAAAGUUUAUGGCCUCCUAGAGUAACCUCACAUAACUGACCCUUGCUCUCUCCUAAAGGGAAGCACUCUACUCUCUCCUCCAGCUCUGCUUUACUCCACUUUGUUUGAUUGCUAUCUUUUGUCCUUCCGCUUGCUCAAAUUCUAAAAAAGCAGAAGACUCAGGCGACAUUGUGCAAUGGCUCCACUGAUUGGCUGUCACUCUGAACCAAUCACUGACUCCCCAUUCAUAAAACUGGCUUGAAAAAAAAAGCUGGCUUUAUGGAUGGGGAGUCAUUAUUUGCCAGCAGGGUGGCGUCUUUUAUCUUAAACGUGAAUCAACCACUUAAUUGCAGGCCUAAUAUUAUCUGUAUCCCAGUAGGCAUAACAUUUCAUUUGUUUUCCUAUGUAUGCUGUAUACAGACAUAUUGCCAACUGCUCUGACUUUGGCCUGCCAUUCACUAUGAACCGUUGCUGCCCUCACCACAAUUGCUCAGCUUCAAUUUGCCUUUUAUAUUGCCCUUUGGAUUUGAUGCUAGGAAACAUUUACCCAUAAACAGACCUGCUGGUCACCUUCACCCCAUUCUGUUCGCUGCAAGUUUAUGCCUUCUGUCCUGCAUACUACACAAACGUAACAAUCCAAAACUCACUGUCCCAAAGCUUUUUUCAGGAAAAUUCCUACCAGGAUUACCCAAAAAUUCACAUAUGGUGUCCUUGCACUCAAAAUGUAAACAGUACACAGUGGUUAAAAAGUUAAUAUUAACAUCCAAUACACAAAAUCACGCUUCAACGCUUCUUCAGCCUUUCACAGCUCAAAAGUAAUGCUAAUAAUUUUUUUACUGUCUGCCACUAUUUUUUGUGUUUAUGAUUUUUGUUUUGUUUUUGUUUAACAUUUCAGCUCAGACAUGGCUUUUUUAAAGGCCUAAUAAACAUUUAUCCUGGGACAUUGUGAGUGCCAUUUAUUUUCUUUUGUUUGUGUUGCAGUGACACAUCAAAUUACAGGUGAGGUAUGUAGCUAUAGAGGUGAUAUACCAACUCCUCUAAACCACAUAGCAGCCAGUGGACUGAUUGACAUUGCAAUUAACUAACACGUAUCUAGGGAGAUGUAUAGGAUGAUAAACACCAUGCAAAUAAACAUAUUUUGACUAUAAUUAAACUCAAUUUUAACCUAAAAAUUAUUAGUGUUUUAUUAUCCAUCUGCCAUAACUCACUUUCUAUGUGUAACAUAUUCCUGCUCACCUUGCGGUGUUUGCGCUCAGCAGCCGUGCGUCUGUAUAACUGUCCCCUGCAACAUGAUGAUGGACGCUGGCCACAGCGUAUCCACGCCAAAUUAUAGCCCCAAAAUCCGCCCACGUUGAUGACGACGUUGGCGUGCGUGUGACGUCAGGCGGUAGGCACGCGCGCACUUUCUGGGGUCAAAGGCGGAUUUCGACCAAUCAAAAAUAUAAAAGUCUUAUUUAAACGCAAUCUUACUUUCUCUCAUUGCCCUGUCGUGGUUUCCCUUAGUGGUUGUCCGAGAGUGUGUUCCUGAGCAUUUAUUUCUGGUUAUUGACUUUGGCUUCGUUUGACUUUCCUGUAUUCUGGCAUCCCUGACUUCUGGCUUUGCCUUAUCGUUGUGUCCCAUUCUGUGUCCCCUGACCUCAGCAAGUAUCUUGACUAUUCUUUGGUACGUUAAGUCUGGCCAUUCUAAGGCCCGAUAAGACGUUACCUUUUAGUCCUAGGUGUGGCACAUGCUACGUGCUGGAUCAAUCAGUAAUCCUCACACUAUGUAAUUGACCCAAUAGUUUUGCAAUAAUUCACAUUACGCACAAUUCUCUGGAUUAAUUUAAAAAAAAUAGUUAUGUAUAUAUAUAUAUAUAUAUAUAUAGAAAAAGCAAUCUUGAUAAAGACCGCGAGACGGUCAAAACGUUGAUUGGUAUGUUCACUAUUUAAUACAAGCAAUUUUGUUAAAUCCAGUGAGUGCUCUCGUUUUUUGCUUUUUCUAUAUUUAUACAGAGAAGCACCUUGGUGUUUAUAACGUUUCAAUAUUUUUGGGCAGUGUGCCAGAGUUUGGAUGUUUGUAUAUAUAUAUAUAUAUAUAUAUAUAUAUAUAUAUACAAAAUGUGCAAAGGAUAGCACUCCAAGCACUCCAAACGGUCAACAUUUCAGCUUGAUUCCCUCAAGCUUUCAUCAGGACACCAAUCAAGCUGAAACAUUGACCGUUUUUUAUUGAAAGGUAAAUAAAAGUUAUAUUUUAUAUAAGUCCUUGGAGUGCUAUCCUUUGCAAAUUCUUUAUUCUUGGCUGACAAGCACUGGGCAUUAUAGUCAUUUUUUUGGUGCAGUGCAAGAUUUUUUUGUUUUUUUAUAUAUAUAUAUGUGUGUGUGUGUGUGUGUGUGUAAAAUAAAUAAAUUUAUAUACACACACACACACACACAUAUAUAUAUAUAUAUAUAUAUAUAUAUAUAUAUAUUUUUUUUUUUUUAAAUUUAUUUAUUUUAUUAAUUUUUUGCUAUUGAAUUGUACAGUAGAAUAUUGUUUGCCAUUUCAUUUUGGACUAACUUUUAUUCAUUUUUUUUUUACUCCUUAUAGGUUUUUAAAAUGAGCUACAACAAACUCAAAGUACUAACAAGUCACACAUUUCAUGGACUUUUCAGCUUAACAAGAUUACAUGUCGACCACAAUAAAAUUGAAUUUAUACACCCCAAUGCUUUUCAUGGCUUAACAUCUUUAAGGCUGCUUCACUUGGAAGGAAAUUUGCUUCAACAGCUUCAUGCCAAUACAUUCUGCACUUUUAAUUUCCUAGAUUAUUUCAGACAGUCCACAUUAAAACACCUGUAUUUAUCAGAAAAUUUGAUUCAAACACUCCCUGCUGGCAUGAUAGAAUCUAUGCCAUUACUGGAAAACCUGUAUCUCCAUGGAAACCCAUGGACAUGUGACUGCCACUUAAAAUGGCUCCUGGAAUGGGAUGAACAAUCUAAUGGUAAGAACAAUUGUUGGGACAGUUUAUAUGCUUGUGUUUAUUGGUUAGUUUCAUAAUUAGUUUGAGUUAAUAAUAACCUCCUAUGAAAUUUAAUACAAUCCCUGCCAUACACUAAUUUGAAUUUAUAGAUUACCUGUGGGUUGCAAAUCUAAUGAUUUUUUUAAAAUCUUUAUUUCUGCACUGUCAUAUUGCAAAUUUAAUGUUAAAAUAGACAUUUCUAAGUCAAAAAAUUACAAUUACAAUGUUUCUUUACUAGACACUACAUUUUAGUUAAUUCAAUUAGAGUGGUAUAGUUAAGGCUAAAUUAGUUAAACCUUUGGAUAUUUUUUGCCAUAUCAACUAUUUUAGAUUCAAAUUUGCCAUGAAAUGUAAUUCACUAUAACAGAGACAGGGUUAAGUGAAUUACUCUGUCACUGUUGCUUAGCAAAUCAUGAAUUGUUGGGUAUUCACUUGUAGGUUGCACAAAAAUAGCCACAUUCAAGCCACUUAUGUUUCAAGAAAUUCUAAAGUGCCAGGAAAACAAAGCCAUUUUCCUGGCACUAUAUGUCCCUACAGUGGCCCCCUCCUUUGAUUCCCCCCCUCUCCCAUGAUGCUGAAGGGGUUAGAAUCCCUUCAGUCACGUACCUGAAUCCAGCAUCGAUGUCCCUCGGCGCUGAGUCAGGAACCACCCCCGCUCCUCCCCCGCUGACGUCAGCCAAUGGGGGAGACCUAAUGCACAUGUGCGGCAAUGGACGCAUUUGCAUUAGGAUUUCCCCAUAGGAAAGCAUAAAUCAAUGCUUUCCUAUGGGGAAAAAUAUGAUGCUGGAGGUCCUCAUACAGAGUGGGAGGACGUCCAGCAUCAGAUACUGGACCAAAGGUCUGUUUCAAACAGUCGUCAGCCACUAGAGGUGGAGUUAACCCUGAGAGGUAAUUAUAUAACAAAUAAUAACCACUGCAGGGUUAAGGGAUAUGGGACAUUGCACCCAGUCCACUUCAAUGAGCUUCUCCAGAGUGUCCUAACAUUUUCAUUUGGCCUUGGAGCAGCUAUAAUUUGGCUCUUUGACUUGUUCUUUUUAGUUUGUUAAGGUUAUCAUAAAAUAAUUGAAAUUUUAGGUUUGCUGGUGGGUGUGCAGAUAGGGGUUAGCACGUCAAGGACAGAUUUUAUCGUUGAUUAAUGUUAUGUGUAUUUUAUUGUCAGUUUUAGCAUUGUUCAUUUUUUAUUACGUAGUAGAGUUUAUUCUAACUGUGAUUAGGGAAGACCUUUCAAAAGUUCUAAAGAUAAUUAUUUUCAAUCAGUUUAGAAGUUUGCUUUUUACUGUUCAACCUCAAUUUUUAAGUGUUUCUUCUUUCUACAGUUAGAAAUUCUGAAGGAGAACCCUUGAAAGGCAAAUGUAGUUACUUUAUUUUAAAAAGUUUAGCAAUAUUUGUCAAAAUAAGACAAAUGAGUUAUAUCACAAAAAAAAAAAAAAAAAGAUCUAUGCACAGUUUGAAGAACGUUUUUAUUUAUGUGAAAGCUGCUUACCUGUUUCAGAAAAUCAAAACUGCAUGAGGGGCGCAAACAAGAAUAAAACGUGCAACUGCUUUACUUAAAACAUAAGAAAGUAUAUAAGCCAAUAGACAUAAUUCUAUUUAUCAACUUUGUGACUUGAAUUUUUCUCUGACCAUUAAUUUUUGCAUUGUUCUUGCAGGUGUUUUAAAAUGUAAGAAGGACAGAUCAUAUGAAAAUGGGCAGCUUUGUCCAAUGUGUACAAGUCCAAAACAACUACUAAAUCAAGAAAUUCAGAGUCUGAAAGAUAUUUCCUGUUCUAAACCGGUGAUUUAUUCACCAGACAGAAUAAACAGUAGUGAAACCUAUACAGAAGAUGAUGAAAAUGACCAACAGGUGAUGCAUAUGUAUAAAGAUUAUAUAGGGAAAGUCAUUCUAAAUAUGACCGAUGAACACGGAAACAAAGUAAAUUUGGAUUGUGGCAUGAAAAAGUCAACUGACUUCAGUAAAAUCAAUUGGAAUCAACCCCAACCAGAAGAAAUAGAUAUAAAUGCUACCUUUAGUCUUGAUUUUGAAUGCCCAAUGAAUCGUGAAAACUAUGAAAAAUUAUGGAAACUGAUAGCUUACUACAGUGAAGUACCUGUGAAGUUGGAAAGGGAACUGAUGUUUACGGACAAUCCAAAAGUGACUUACAGAUAUCGACAGAACCCAGAUCAAGAUUCAUAUUACUUUACAGGUGUUAGAUCUUUAAUUACAGCAGAACCAGACUGGGUGAUCCAACCAACUAUUCGUCUCCAGUUAAACAGAAAGUUUAGUACAGCUAAGAAAGUAAUAUUAUCUUUUUCUACUCAGUAUUCACAGUUAAUUCAUACUAAGGAAAUCCAGUAUCCAAAAAAUAACUGGGUAAUGAUAGACACAAAUGCCAAAACAAAAACAUCUUACAUUUCUAUCAAAGGAAAAACCUGCCAGCUUAGUUGUAAUGUGAAGUCAUCAGAAACUCCCUCCAUACAAUGGAGUCUUCCUGAUGGGACAAUAUUGAAAGCUCCCUUCAAUAGCCAAGAUAGUAGAUUCUCUGUAUCUGCUGGAGGACAUUUGAUUAUAAAAACAGCAGAUGCUAUGGACUCUGGGCCAUACCAUUGCAUUGCUCAAGUCAGGCAUGAAAUUGAUAUAUUGACCAUUCGAGUUUUUGUAAAGCCACCAACAAGCCAAAUAUCUGAGCGUAGUACUAAAGUGAUUACAAAAAUGGUUGGGGAAACUAUAACAUUGACUUGCAAUGCACUUGCCAAUCCCGAUGCAGAUGUCAACUGGAUAUUACCCGACAAUGUCAUUAUUGACGCUCAGGCAAACAAAUCAAAUGCAUAUCUGUUAAGUAAUGGCUCACUGGUAAUCCCUCAGACUAAAGUGUCUGACAGUGGACUCUAUGUAUGUAUAGCAGCAAAUCAACAUGGAACUGAUCACUAUAGCGUGCAAAUAGACGUAAGUAACAAAGUUGCUAAAAAGUCAUAUGAAGUGCCAAAAAUAAAAAUGCGUCCAAUUAUAAAAAUACCAUUAAAAGCAAAGAUUAAUAUAGUUGGUGAUGAUGAAGGAUCAGGGGAAAAAGUGGUGCAAGAAGAGACCGAGAAAUAUCAUAUUGUUAAAAUAGGAUCAGGCAAAAGUAAAGGAUCUCAGUUAUCUAGAUUAUCAGACAAAGGAAAAAAAAGAAAAGACAGAAGGAAAAUGAAUGUAUGGAAAGGUACAGAGAGAGAUAAAGGAACCAAUAUAGCUGAAGGUAGAAGGAAAUUUGAAUCAAGGAGGAGAAUAAAUAUGGGGAAUAAACAGAUAGACCCUAAUCAAUGGGCUAACAUUUUAGCAAAGGUUAGAGGCAAAAAUGUCCCCAAAACCACAGAGACUCCUCUUUUAACCACAACAGAAGUCACCGCUAUACCUAUAUAUAAGACCAAAACCCCUUCUACAAUUUCAAAGCCACCAAUUAAAUCUACAACAGAAUCAGAAACAAAUGUGGAUGAAAUAUCUGCAGAUGAAGAGGAACUAUUAAUGAUCACUUCUUCACCACAGCCAGCAAUCACACAUUAUAACCAUGAUCUAACAUCAUUGUCAAGUCACACAGAUUUAGGCAUAAUGUCUGAUAUAACAGAAGAUGACAGUAAAAAGUUAUUUUCUGAAGGAAAUCAAGAUACCUUGACCACUAAGUCAGACCAUGAAUGGGCAGUUUAUAGUACAUCCAAGCCUGUGAUGUCAACACUUGAAACCUUGGAUAUCAAUGACCUAGCCUAUUCAAUAGAUGAAGAGGAAACAAUGAAUGCUUUUACUGAGUGGGAAGAUAAAGACAGCAUUGAUAUGAUCCCUAACAGUCCAACAGUAGAAGGAGAACACAAACAGGACUAUACAACCAGAAAUGUUCUAUAUGGACAAUACCUAGAGGAAGAGUCUAAUGAAAUUAAUAGGCAAACAUUUGCAAACAUGAAUACAGCUGGAAAUGUUCUAGCUAAAAUGGAAACCACUACAGCUGAGAUGUACACAAUACCAAUGGAAAAUUAUGCUUACUAUUCCACCACACACUCUUUUAAAAGUACAUCUCCUUAUGAAGGCAUUACUUCUGAAAAUAUGAUACAAAGCACUAACUACAUCUCACAAAUAGAAGAUAACUAUCUACAUUUCACAACUAGCAAAAUGCAGACUACUAAAGGUAUGGAAGACUAUGAUCCAAUAUUUUCCAAAGCAAUUGGUGGUUUGAUACCAGAAACAAUCCCUGUUACACCUUCACUGAUGGAAACCACAUCAAGUAUUAACUUCCAACUUCCUACUACAGCGGUAUCUUUGACAACGACCAGUGAAAAUAUUGUUAAAGGUAUAAAUGAGGAUGUUCGUUCUGAAGACUAUGCUAAACAAACAGAAAUCCUUUCUACUAAUAUAAAAAAAGAAGGUAUUGAUUCAUUUGAUAAAGAAAACGGUGCAGAAAACGAAAGUACAACUAUGAGUAUAAAUAUGGCUUCCGUAGAAGACAGACAAACAUCAACAACAAGAAAAAUGACAACAGUUCCUACACAUACCCAGAGACCAACUACAACAACUUCCAUGGCUACAAAUGGCAGCAUUUAUAACCCAAGGCGCAGACCCAAUGGAAAGAGACGAUUUAGACCUAAUCGUUUUAGACAUCGUCAAAACAAUGUUAUUCCUAAUUUUUCAGCGACAACACAAGUAGCCAUAAAGCCAUUAAUUGAACAACCCAUUGUGUCACUCUCUCAUAGAGAAAACACCACAAAAUCAAUUUUACCACCACCACUACCAACAAAAGAAAUGCAACUUUACAAAACAACGAUUAAUAUUCCAUCUGAUAGAAAAACUACAACAACAUCAGUGCUGACUAAACCCAUUGUAAUCCAUUCACCAGAAAAGAGCAAAUCAAAAAGUUCAUUUGUAACUUCAGCUCCAGAAUACAUGAAUCAGCCACACACAGCAAUGAUAGAAAAUUCAGAACUACCGGUUGUGGCACCUCCUACAACAACAGAGCCAUUAAAAACACAUAACACUGAAAAAAUAUAUGAUCUUAACACAUUAGAACAAGUUACAGUUGCUACAAAAAUAAAUCAAUUACUACUUGAUACAUAUAAGGACAAGGCACCUGAGGAAUUCUUCAGCCCUCUUCCUGAUGAAGAUGUAUUCAGUACUACACACAUUGCACGAAAACCAUUACAGCCAUACAGGGAAUUUAGUACUAGUGCUACCAUGCAUCAAAAAACUAUCCCGAUGGAUAUACCAAAUGAGGCAGGAUUAUAUACAGCAUCUAUCACAGAAGCACCCCCAACUUUUGCUAGUACAAUUGAGAAUACUUUAAAAGAAUUAAAUUAUGGUUCAUUUGAUUUAACAACAAAAGUUACAAUAAUACCUACUAAUGCAUCUGUCCAUGAUGCAAUUGGAACUACAGUACAAGUCAAUGUUGAAGAAUAUAAUUUCAAAGCUCCAGACACAUCUUAUGGAGGAAAGAAACAAGAGGAAAAGCUUAUUAAACCAACUGUUUAUACUAAGAGUACAGAAUAUACUCAAUCAAGUCCUAGGUUUUUAGUUCCCACUACAAAUGAACACUUAACAUCUACAGCCAAGGUUUAUGAAACCACAAUGAGAGAGUCAUCAACACAAUCAGCAAAAUUAGUACAAGAAAACAUACAUUCACUAAGACAAAAUGAACUGGAUAGAGUUUCAGCCAGUCAAAAAAAGGAAUUUGCACAGCCAAGACAAGAGAACUUUAAGGAAAUUCAUGGUACUAAGUCCAGUAAUAGUAUUCCUUAUUUUACAAAACAGAAUAGCCAGUCUCAAACAGCUCAGAAGCAACACCACACAAUACCUCCAGUCCAGCAUAGUCCAGCAAGAGUGACUGUAAGAACUCCCUAUAUUGGAACACAUGGACCACUACGUUAUUUUGUAACUAAUCAACCACUGUAUAUCACAAAUAAACCUGAAAUUACAGCUUAUACAGCACAGAACAUUCAAGAUAGAAGAACAUCUACCCUAGUAUUCUCCACAAGUACUUCAACAAGUACAACAACAGUUGCACCAUUAUUUAGACCAAGACCUAUAACUCCAAGCAAAUUUAAUCAAGGCCAAAGGCUUCCAAUUAACUACAGACCUUUUGGAAAUAAUGUAUUUACAGAUGGUAAAGGUACUAUGCCAAAAAUUCCUUAUCAAGGACAUCCAUUCUACAUGAAUCCACGAUUUCAAUACCGUUAUAACAGGACAAAGCUAUAUCGAUUUAGUGGAACUCCUAAAUCUCCUCUUCCAACUUUGGCUGCACCAGUAAUCAUGAGCACUAAGGACAGUCUCGGUAAUUCAUUUAAAAGAACAACAGUAUCAAGUACAGUAUUAAGAACUACUACUACUACUCCUUUUACAACUGUCAGAGAGACAAUAACUUCAAAAAUCCCUUUUAGGUACCCAAUAUUCACUACGCCUUUUUCAUAUGUUGUGCAAACCAGCUUGUUCAGGCCCAGCUCAACUAUUCAGUCACACUCGUAUAAUAACCCCUUUAACCAUAGACCACCAAUUGCAUCACGUGAAGAUGGCUCAACACUUAGACAUCCCAAUGUUGUUCAGCCACCUAUAUCCUCUAGAGCACAAGGGGUUAAACCUAGGAUUACAACUACAGGAUUCCAGUCUCUAUCUGUGCCUUUUGAAAUGGAUGCUGUUUUACCAUGUGAAACUGUUGGUGAGCCUAAACCUUCAAUAUCUUGGACAAAAGUUUCCACAGGUAAUCUUUUAAAGAUAAUUACCCAUUUGUAAUAAGUUGUAGUUUUUAAAAUAAGGUGGAGACGAUACUAAAUGAUUCCUAACUUUAAGUGUAUUUGACCUGUGAUGUGUUUCAUACAAUAUUAGAAUCCGAAUGUAUGUUGUGAUUAGAUAUAUAUUAUCUAAUUUCAGGAGUGAGUCAAGGGUUGAUGGAUCAAUGGAUAUGGCUAAAUGAGCCUCUCCCACUUGCACAUCCAUGUGUGUCCACUAGUUUUAUAUAAAAAAUACAUUACUCUAUACUGCUAUAAUAAUUUUCAACCCAUAGCAUAUAACCCUUAUUUAACCCUUUCCCGACCUUGAACGUAUCAGGUAUGUCCGACAAAAAACGGUCCUUAACCCCUUAACAACCGCUGAUGUUCAGGACCGUCAUCGAAAACAUCCCCUUGAGGACCGAUGAUGGUCCUGAUCUGUCAUAACAGUAAUAUAUACUUACCCGAUCGCCGCUGUUCCCCUGCUGGUGAUCGAUGUCGCUCCCGGUCUGGUGGGACUGCCUAACAGCCCAGGCAGUCCUCCCUCUGCAAAUUAGGAUCACUCUAAUAGAGCAGUCAUAUGGCUGCAAUAGGUGCCUGUGUAUCUGCCUGCAGGGGGACUGCCUGAACUGACAGGCAGUCUACCUGCAUGUGUAAAAUAAAAAAAAUGUUAAUAAAUAAAAAUAUAAUUAUAUAUGUGUGUGUAUAUAUCUAUAUAUAUCUAUAUAUAUACAUAUACGAUUUUAGAUGUGUAUAUGGGAGGUGGGGGGAGAAGCACUAUCACAUCCUCCCUGGUGGCACUAUCACAUCCUCCCUGGUGGUCCAUGGCAACGCUCUGGAUCUUGCAAGAGGAACCCGGCGGAGCUGCAAAAUAGAGCUCCGCCGUGUCCUCCUCUCCUUCCCCAGUCGCAUGUCUAUUAAAGUGGGCCGGUGAGGGAGAUCUUUGAUCUCCCCACCGGCCCUUCAUGGAAAACAGCGGGGCUGGCGCUCGGAUAGUGCCGGCCCUGCAUAGACCAGCAGGGGAUGUCCUGUAACUUCCCCUGCCUGCCUCGGCCCAUGGCCACCGAUGGCCAGUCCGGCCUGUUGCUGAACACAUGUUGGGGUGUUCUUUGGCAGUAACCCUUUAAGUUUACUGUACAUAUAUUCUUAAAUUGCUAUGUGUGUCAUAAUAAUCACCAAUUAUUAUUUUUUUUUUAUUUGGCAUAGAUUGGUGGUAAAAUGGUUGCAUGAAAAGAGUCAAAUUACCCCAAGUUUAAUACCUUAUGUUGUCUUCAUUUAAAAAAUAUAUACAUGUGAAGGGUUAUUCAGGGAUUCCUGACAGAGAUCAGUGUUACAAUAUAACUGGAAAUAGCAAAGUGCUACUUGUUAAUAUUGGGCAUUUCUAAACUAAGGAACACAUUUAGAAAAUUUGGUGGUUGUAGGUGUCUAACAGAUUUUGGGGGUCAAAGUUAUUAAAAGUUUUUUUUUUUUAAUUUUUUCAUAAUAUUUUAUAAUUGUUUCUAGUAAAUUAUAUGAUGAAAAUAAUGGUAUCUUUAGAAAGACGAUUUAAUGGCGAUAAAAACGGUAUAUAAUAUGUAGGGGUACAGUAAAUGGAUAAGAGAAAAAUUACAGCUAAACACAAACACUGCAGAAAUGUAAAAAGAGUCCUGGUCCUUAAUAGUAAGAAAAUUGAAAACCGGUCUGCUCACUAAGGGGUUAACAAGGUUUAAAUUUACCCAUAGCUUAAAACCCCUAUGUAACAAGGGUAAUAUAAGGGUUAAAUAAAUCAUCAAACCCCUCACAAUCUUGCCACUUGUGCCCACAGAAUCAGGGCAUCCUGAUGGGUCUAGAUGGAUGUCAUCAUUCCCUUGAUAAAUCCAAAACACCCAUGUAUAGCCAGUAGUAGAUUCACAUAAUUUAUAACAUUUGAUGCCACAUGUAAAGUAGUCUACCUUUGAAUUUCAUGAGAGAUUCAAUAGAAAUAUUUUGGUCUGGCAUAUAAUUUUGGGGAAAUUUGUCAGAUAGGAGUGAGAUAUGGAGCUGAAUUUUGUAGACCCUGUCAAAAAAUGGGUCAUUACUAGGGAUGAGAGUGCAUUAUUGUUAAAAUUGAGGAAUUGCAGUAUUUGCUCAUAGCGAUUCCUUAUCAAUCUCUGGGAAAAGAGGGGUAGCCAGGAUGUGGUGAUUGUGCCAGUAGGGCCUUAUACAGGGAGUGCAGAAUUAUUAGGCAAGUUGUAUUUUUGAGGAUUAAUUUUAUUAUUGAACAACAACCAUGUUCUCAAUGAACCCAAAAAACUCAUUAAUAUCAAAGCUGAAUAUUUUUGGAAGUAGUUUUUAGUUUGUUUUUAGUUUUAGCUAUGUUAGGGGGAUAUCUGUGUGUGCAGGUGACUAUUACUGUGCAUAAUUAUUAGGCAACUUAACAAAAAACAAAUAUAUACCCAUUUCAAUUAUUUAUUAUUACCAGUGAAACCAAUAUAACAUCUCAACAUUCACAAAUAUACAUUUCUGACAUUCAAAAACAAAACAAAACAAAUCAGUGACCAAUAUAGCCACCUUUCUUUGCAAGGACACUCAAAAGCCUGCCAUCCAUGGAUUCUGUCAGUGUUUUGAUCUGUUCACCAUCAACAUUGCGUGCAGCAGCAACCACAGCCUCCCAGACACUGUUCAGAGAGGUGUACUGUUUUUCCUCCUUGUAAAUCUCACAUUUGAUGAUGGACCACAGGUUCUCAAUGGGGUUCAGAUCAGGUGAACAAGGAGGCCAUGUCAUUAGAUUUCCUUCUUUUAUACCCUUUCUUGCCAGCCACGCUGUGGAGUACUUGGACGCGUGUGAUGGAGCAUUGUCCUGCAUGAAAAUCAUGUUUUUCUUGAAGGAUGCAGACUUCUUCCUGUACCACUGCUUGAAGAAGGUGUCUUCCAGGAACUGGCAGUAGGACUGGGAGUUGAGCUUGACUCCAUCCUCAACCCGAAAAGGCCCCACAAGCUCAUCUUUGAUGAUACCAGCCCAAACCAGUACUCCACCUCCACCUUGCUGGCGUCUGAGUCGGACUGGAGCUCUCUGCCCUUUACCAAUCCAGCCACGGGCCCAUCCAUCUGGCCCAUCAAGACUCACUCUCAUUUCAUCAGUCCAUAAAACCUUAGAAAAAUCAGUCUUGAGAUAUUUCUUGGCCCAGUCUUGACGUUUCAGCUUGUGUGUCUUGUUCAGUGGUGGUCGUCUUUCAGCCUUUCUUACCUUGGCCAUGUCUCUGAGUAUUGCACACCUUGUGCUUUUGGGCACUCCAGUGAUGUUGCAGCUCUGAAAUAUGGCCAAACUGGUGGCAAGUGGCAUCGUGGCAGCUGCACGCUUGACUUUUCUCAGUUCAUGGGCAGUUAUUUUGCGCCUUGGUUUUUCCACACGCUUCUUGCGACCCUGUUGACUAUUUUGAAUGAAACGCUUGAUUGUUCGAUGAUCACGCUUCAGAAGCUUUGCAAUUUUAAGAGUGCUGCAUCCCUCUGCAAGAUAUCUCACUAUUUUUGACUUUUCUGAGCCUGUCAAGUCCAUCUUUUGACCCAUUUUGCCAAAGGAAAGGAAGUUGCCUAAUAAUUAUGCACACCUGAUAUAGGGUGUUGAUGUCAUUAGACCACACCCCUUCUCAUUACAGAGAUGCACAUCACCUAAUAUGCUUAAUUGGUAGUAGGCUUUCGAGCCUAUACAGUUUGGAGUAAGACAACAUGCAUAAAGAGGAUGAUGUGGUCAAAAUACUCAUUUGCCUAAUAAUUCUGCACUCCCUGUACUUGUUUUUUCCACGAUACACAUUACUAGGAUUAGAGCCCAUGAUCUAUUUAUUUCUCUAACAUCAGUGGGGUGCCACAUGGUUUUUCUACUGCAAUGUGACCCGGGAUUCACAGAAAGGUAGUGGCUGGCAAACAAGUCGGUAUGCUCAAGUAUCAGCUCAAAUAUGUCAUCCAAACUAAAGAGGCUAAAAUAGUUCACUGGCUCACAUAUAUCUACUGUUAUUAUAAUGCUAGGUGUAGCCAUAAAUGGGGGAAUUUCUGGGACAGUUUGGAGGUAGACAGUUUUCCUCUGGCACUGCUAGGCAUUCUAAGCUACUUCUAGUAGACGGUGGUGGGGCAUCAUCACUGGAUGACUCACUUAGGGGCUCAAUGUUAGAGGCUGUUAUAGUGCUAUUGUCUGUGAGUGUACCAUUAUCAGAGCCCGCCAAAAUGGCAUACACCUCCUCUGCUGUAUCAUAGCCAGGGCCGUCUUUAACGCGGGGCAAACGGGGCAGCUGCCCCGGGCCCAGUUGCUCCUGGGGGCCCAGAGCAGCUGCUCUGUGGGCCCCCGCGAUUUGCGCAGCCCCUGCGGUGUGGCUCCCGCACACUGAGGAGGCUCCCCAGGUGGCCCAUGCACUAAGGGCCACCCGGGGAGCAUGUGUCAGCAGGGGCCCGGUUGGGCGCUGUAACAGCGCGACCGGGCCCCUCUUCCGGUUCUGCAGCCGGCUGGGAGGAAGUGACGUCACUUCCUCCCACCGGAGAUAGCCGCGCGGGAGGAGGAAGGCAGGGAGGAGGGGAGUUCCAGAGGAGAACUCCCAUCUGCCUCAGCCUGCCACUGGACCAGGGAAACCACCCUCCAGGAAAAGGUAAGAACCUGGAGGGUGGCUAAAUGUAUGUCAGUAGGUCUGUCUGUGUGUGUAUGUCUGUGUGUGUGUGUGUAUGUAUGUCUGUGUGUGUGUGUGUGUCAGUAUGUCUGUGUGUGUGUCGGUAUGUCUGUGUGUGUAUGUGUAUGUCUCUGUGUGUGUGUAUGUAGGUAUGUCUCUGUGUGUGUGUGUGUGUGUACGUGUGUGUCAGUAUGUCUGCCAGGAUAUAUUUGUGUGUCAGUGUAUGUGUGUGUCAGUAUGUAUCUGUGAAUGUUUUAAUGUCUGUCUGUGUGUAUGUGCCAGUACGCUGUCUGUGUGUAUGUCAGUAUGUCUGUGUGUGUGUGUCAGCAUGUCUUUGUGUGUCAGUAUGUCUGUGUGUGUAUGUAAGUAUGUCUGUGUGUGUAUGUGUGUGUCAGUCAGUAUGUCUGUCAGUGUAUGUGUCUGUGUGUGUAUGUAUGUAUGUCUGUGUGUGUGUGUCAGUCAGUAUGUCUGUCAGUGUAUGUGUCUGUGUGUGUAUGUAUGUAUGUCUGUGUGUCAGUAUGUCUGCCAGGAUAUAUUUGUAUGUCAGUGUAUGUGUGUGUCAGUAUAUAUCUGUGAAUGUUUAAUGUCUGUCUGUAUCAGCCAUUACGUCUGUCUGUGUAUAUGUCAGAAUGCCUGUGUGUGUAUGUCAGUAUGCCUGUGUGUGUGUGUCAAUGUGUCUGUCAGUGUAUGUGUCUGUGUGUUUUAGUAUAUCUGUCAGUGUAUGUGUUUGUGUGUGUGUCAGUAUAUCUGUUAAUGUAUGUGUCUGUGUAUGUAUGUAUGUCUGUGUGUGUGUCAGUAUGUCUGCCAGUAUAUAUUUGUGUGUAGUGACUUUGUGUGUCAGUAUGUAUCUGUGAAUGUUUUAAUGUCUGUCUGUGUGUGUAUGUGCCAGUACGUCUGUCAGUGUGAUUGCGGGUUGGACGUAAUUGGGGGGUGAGGCAGUGGCAGGGACAGGGCCCAUGGGGCCCAAGAAAAUGCAUUGCCCAGGGUCCUAAUCAUAUUAUAGACGGCCCUGAUCAUAGCAUGCCAACGUAGGCAUAAUUUAACCUAUGACACUAUGGGAAUAAUUUAAUUAAUUUGCCUAUGUGCCUAAUACAUGCUACCCACCUCCCAAUUCCCACUUCCACCCACAGAAAAUCCAACCCGAAAAUUAAAAUAAAAUUACUGCUUGUCAAACAGCUGCAUCAAGCACUAAAAGGAUAAUUUUUUUGAAUUUAUUUAUUUUUUAAAGAAAUAACCCCUCCCAAAAAAGUCAGCCCACUGAUUACACUGAUCACUGAUACAGUAUGUGAUCAGCACUGAAAGGGUAAAUUCUUUGAAUUUUGUUUUAAAAAACACUUUUUUUUAAAAGUACCGUAAUUAAAAAAAAAAGUCUAAAAUUUCCUGUCCCUAGUCAUAACAUUUUCCCUAAUGUGACUGGGUAUGGGUGUAAUACAGUAUAUGCAUCAUUGUAUGUAAUGCAUGCUCUUCUCUGACAUUGUGUAGGAGUUUGCAAGGCUCAAUAAGUACAAUCCUGUAUUCUUCAAGCACAGGAAGGUGAGAUCUCUUAGAGCUUUGUACUUAUACUUAUCUGCCGUAUUUGCAGCUUGCAAUGUCCUAUAAAAUACAGAUGGCUGGUUUUAUCCUUGCUGGUAUAUUUACUGUAUUUGCUGUAUGCGACCAGUAUGAAUAUAUACUUUUCUCCCUCUGGUAGUAUAUUUGGAGUCAGUAUUCUCAAAAUAUUUACAGUUUUUUAAACGUUACUUCAAGCACCAUGAGUGCCUGGAGUUGUUGCAUGUGUAGCUUUUCAAUAUGAAAUCAUGCACAUAUGAAGUUUAACACCUCUACUUCCAACCAUAUAUAACUCUGACAACAUCAUUGGGCUGACUUUGCACAGAUUUAAUUGCACAGAGUAUCAGUCAUUGAUUAAGAGCAGUCAGCUGGCGGUCUCAGCUAAUGAAUUGCGAUGGUAUUAGCUUCCAUCUUCUGCGGCUCUGCAGAAGCCAGAAACUUGUUACAAGACCACCAGGUCUUUGGAGACCCAUGAGUACCCAGUUAGAGGGCCCAGACCAGCAAACUGUACUUUGUAUGAUGAGCAGAGAAACCCUUUAAUUUUAGCUCCUCACCUACAAUAGGUUAUAACAUUUAUUUCAGCUUUCUUAUAUAAAAUAUUUCAUGACCACUUAUAAUUUGUAACCUUUAAUUAUUUGUUUCCCCCUUAAUAAAUAGAAAUGGUAACGGUUGCAAACACGGAAUAAUAUUGUGAAUUAACAUAUUGCAAAGCAUAUUAGGUUGAGUAGCAGUUGAUCAGAUAAUAAGUCUGACCCACAACAAAAAAUCAAUUUACAACAUUAAAAUUUUUUAUUUAAUUUCAUUAAAUGUAACAAACAUUUACUAACGAGAUGUGAAUAUUUGGUGACAGUUUUCCUUAAAUGUAGGUAACAACAAUGUAAGCAUUAUUUGACUUGUUUCCCUAUUUUGAGUGUUAGUUAUAAAUCCCAUGUCUUAGAUAAUAUUUAAGAGAAAAAUAAGCAAAAAAAGUAGCAAUAGAUUUAUUUGACAUUCUUUUUUUUUUUUUUUUUGUAGAGUGAGCUCCCCGAGCUAGAUUAUUUUAAUAUGAAACUGUCAUCAAUAGAUUAAAUUGGAUUCUCUAGGUGAAACAUAGUAACAUCUAGACUUGGAGAUUUGUUUAAGUCGGAAAUGCAAUCAGGGUCGAAAUGAACCAACCAAAAUGCCCAAUGGCCAAGCAUGUUUGUUUUGAUUCGUGAUUCUGGAUUCUGCCUGUGGUGCCAAAAAUGAGAUGAUUGAUGGAAAAAAAGAUGAUUGAUGGCUAGGGACAUUCACUAAAUGUUGAUUUUAUUCAGAGUGAAGUGAUUGAAAGGAAAGAAAGCUGUAAAAAAUAUAUAUAAAUUUGGCCCAUUUUAGCGCCAUUUUGUUUAAUCUGAUUCAGGUUCUGAAUCAGUUUUUCACUAACAAAAUUCUACUAAACUGGACCGGGAUAUAGACAAAAUUUGAGUGUUCCGAAAAAAGUUAUAUUUUGGGGUAAAAUGGUUUGGUGAAGCCGAAUUUUCUCACCAUGCACAAGUCUAGUAAAAUCCACAUGUUUGUGUACCACAGGUAUACAGUAUCUAUAAUGUAGGUAUUAUUUAGUAUUCCCGGGAUUUACCUUCAAAAUAAAUUAAUCUUUGUUAUUAUUAUUAUGUUAUCAUUUAUUAAGUUUUCAUAGUACAUAAUAAGUACAUAGCAUACAGUCAGGUCCAUAAAUAUUGGGACAUCGACACAAUUCUAAUCCUUUUGGCUCGAUACACCACCACAAUGGAUUUGAAAUGAAAUGAACAAGAUGUGCUUUAAAUGCAGACUUUCAGCUUUAAUUUGGGGGUAUUUACAUCCAAAUCAGGUGAACGGUGUAGGAAUUACUACAGUUUGUAUAAGUGCCUCCCACUUUUCAAGGGACCAAAAGUAAUGGGACAAUUGGCUGCUCAGCUGUUCCAUGGCCAGGUGUGUGUUAUUCCCUCAUUAUCCUGUUUACAAGGAGCAGAUAAAAGGUCCAGAGUUCAUUUCAAGUGUGCUAUUUGCAUUUGGAAUCUGUUGCUGUCAACUCUCAAUAUGAGAUCCAAAGAGCUGUCACUAUCAGUGAAGCGAGCCAUCAUUAGGCUGAAAAAACAAAACAAACCCAUCAGAGAGAUAGCAAAAACAUUAGGUGUGGCCAAAUCAACUGUUUGGAACAUAUUAAAAAGAAAGAAUGCACCGGUGAGCUCAGCAACACCAAAAGACCGGAAGACCACGGAAAACAACUGUGGUGGAUGACCGAAGAGUUCUUUCCCUGGUGAAGAAAACAUCCUUCACAACAGUUGGCCAGAUCAAGAACACUCUCCUGGAGGUAGGUGUAUGUGUGUCAAAGUCAACAAUCAAGAGAAGACUUCACCAGAGUGAAUACAGAGGGUUCACCUCAAGAUGUAAACCAUUGGUGAGCCUCAAAAACAGGAAGGCCAGAUUAGAGUUUUCCAAACAACAUCUAAAAAAGCCUUCACAGUUCUGGAACAACAUCCUAUGGACAGAUGAGACCAAGAUCAACUUGUACCAGAGUAAUGGGAAGAGAAGAGUAUGGAGAAGGAAAGGACCUGCUCAUGAUCCAAAGCAUACCACCUCAUCAGUGAAGCAUGGUGGUGGUAGUGUCAUGGCAUGGGCAUGUAUGGCUGCCAAUGGAACUGUUCUCUGUUCUCUGUAUUUAUUGAUGAUGUGACUGCUGACAAAAGCAGCAGGAUGAAUUCUGAAGUGUUUUAGGCAAUAUUAUCUGCUCAUAUUCAGCCAAAUGCUUCAGAACUAAUUGGACGGCGCUUCACAGUGCAGAUGGACAAUGACCCAAAGCAUACCAAAGAGUUUUUUAAGGGAAAGAAGUGGAAUGUUAUGCAGUGGCCAAGUCAAUCACCUGACCUGAAUCCGAUUGAGCAUGAAUUUCACUUGAUGAAGACAAAACUGAAGGGAAAAUGCCCCAAGAACAAGCAGGAACUAAAAACAGUUGCACUAGAGGCCUGACAGAGCAUCACCAGGGAUGAAACCCAGCAUCUGGUGAUGUCUAUGCGUUCCAGACUUCAGGCUGUAAUUGACUGCAAAGGAUUUGCAACCAAGUAUUAAAAAGUGAAAGUUUGAUUUAUGACUGUUAAUCUGUCCCAUUACUUUUGGUCCCUUAAAAAGUGGGAGGCACAUAUACAAACUGUUGUAAUUCCUACACCGUUCACCUGAUUUGGAUGUAAAUGCCCUCAAAUUAAAGCUGGAAGUCUGCAGUUAAAGCACAUCUUGAUUGUUUCAUUUCAAACCCAUUGUGUUGGUGAAUAGAGCCAAAAAGAUUAUAAUUGUGUCGAUGUCCCAAUAUUUAUGAACCUGACUGUAUAUAAUGUAUCAUGCACAUUUUAUAUCUCCAGAACAACCACAUAUGCAUAUCUUCUUUUUUUGUUUUGUUUUGUUUUGUUUUACAGUCAGAAAUCUAUAUAUAUUUAAAGAAUACUAACUAAAAUAAAAUUUCCUUACAAAACCAAAUUCUAUUUGUUUCUUUCAAAGAUUUAUUUUUUAAAUAAAUUUGAAAUUAAAACAAAAAUGGCAAUAUUAUUUUAUUACAUUAAUGUUUUUUAACAAUCUAAACUUCUAAAAACAAAUAAACAUUAUGUUUAAAGAUAUUUCUCAUUGUUUUUGAUAGGUGCCGUGAUGACAGCAAACACAAAGAUACAACGAUUUGAAGUCUUGGACAAUGGCACUUUACAUAUUCUAAAUCUUCAGCUACAAGACCGUGGUCAAUAUCUCUGCACGGCGCAGAAUCUGCAUGGCUCAGACAAGAUGAUAAUUACAUUGACAGUUAUGUCCCAGCAGCCAAAAAUACUUCUGACGCGCUAUAAGGAUGUUACGGUAUAUCUUGGGGAUACAGUUACAAUGGAUUGUCGGGCAAGUGGUGUACCAUCACCCCAUAUAUCUUGGAUAUUCCCUGACAGAAAAAUAAUACGAGCCAUUUCAGCUACGGAGAGUCGCAUCAUGCUUUCUGAAAAUGGAACUUUAUCCAUAAAGGAUAUUACAUUUACCGAUAGAGGAAUCUUUAAGUGUGUGGCUAGCAAUGUGGCCGGAGCUGACAGUUUGACUGUGAGGGUUCAUAUAGCUGCUCUGCCUCCUAUUAUUCAACAAGAAAAGUUAGAAAACAUAUCUCUUCCUCAAGGUCACAGCAUAUAUAUCCACUGUUUGGCAAAAGGUGCCCCACUACCAAAUAUUCGCUGGAUUCUUCUAGAUGGUACACAGGUUCGUCCUUCUCAAUUCGCAAAUGGAAAUAUGUUUGUGUUUCCAAAUGGCACACUUUACAUCCGGAAUAUUUCACAGAAGGACACUGGGAAAUAUGAAUGCAUUGCAACGAACAUUGUUGGGACUUCUAGAAGGGUAAUCAUUCUUGAUGUACGGAAAUUUACACAGAAUGCCAAGAUAACUGCAACUUCUCCCCAGAAAACUGAUGUAACCUAUGGGAGCACUCUGCGUCUUGACUGCAGUGCAGCCGGUGAUCCUUGGCCAAGAAUAUUAUGGCGGCUUCCUUCAAAAAGACUUGUGGACUCUUUCUUCAGGUAAAUAAUCAUGAAUUUUAUUUCAGAGUUAGAUUGCUAACGCAACAAAUUGAAAAUAUAAAGAAUAGAACAUCAAAAAUGUUGAAUAAGUGCCUGAGCAAGUGACUCCACAGCCUGGAUGUGGCAUUUUGUAGCCCAGUGGGCACAAGUUGGAGUCUUGCUGUGGGAGCCUUGCUGUAGUAGCCUUAAAUGUGUUUGUUUUUCUCGUUGAUAUGUAGAAUCCUUAAUAUAAAUUUAAAACUGGCAUAUUUUCUUGGACAUAUUUUAGACAGGUAUGCGCAGGAAGCAUGCUACAAGAUGUGCUAUUAUAUGAAACAGGGCCCUGAACCAGCAGACUGCAUUUACAUUGAAAGCUCCUAAAUGAAUAGAAUUUUCAAGUACCUACAAAGAAAUUAAUAAUACUAAAUUGUCCAGUGUACAUAUAUGAAGUGAGUGUUGCAGGCAUAUGUUAAGACAUCUUGUGCACAUAUGCGUUAACUUGAUAUUACAAUCAAAAAUAAAACCAUCUUGCUGUGCACAUAGAGAGGAGUCAAAUUCAGGCCAGCAUAAACCCAACUCUUCUAGCACAUAUCUACUGAACAUUGUAGACAAAUAAACGCUAUUGCUGUAUGUACAAAACUGUCACUCAUGCAUGUAUAAUCUGGACAUGCAAACAUUAAAAAAAAAAAAAAACCUCUUCCGCUCAUACGAUAUAUAAACUGUGCAUGCAAUAAUUUAUAAACUCUUUCUGUAUUUGAACUGAGCAGGCAUAUUCAAAAUCCUUUCCUAGUUCAUUGCAUUUAUGAGAUCUUUUCAACAACUGUUUAUUAUUAUUUAAUGAAUGUAUGGAAGUGAAUAUAUGUGUGGUGUGUUCUAGAAAAUGUGCAUUUGGGUGUAAAUGCAUGUGUAUGUUUCUGUGUGUAUUUAACUGUGUGUUGUGUGAUAAUGAAUGGUUGUAUUUCUGUGCAUGGCAUACAUAUAGUUUGUAGAUGUAUUGGUGUAUUCCUGUAGGUAGUCAGCAAAUGCAUGUGUGCAAUGUGCUAUUUAGUGUAUAUGUGCAUAGGUCUAUUUUUGUGUUAUUGUAACGGUAUUAAUGCAUUUUAUGAGUUCAUGAAGUUUCUGGGCCAAUGCAACAUUGAUGUGUGUGCAUGCAUAUAUCUAUGGUGUAGAAGAAUGUAUGUGGUGUAUUAACCCAGGAACAAAGUGUGCUCACCUAUCGGAAUAAGUGAAUGAAUGAAUGAAUGUAUCAUUUAAAAGUGAAUGUAAAAAGCAUGUUUUUUCACUAAAGAAUUCAAGGUGAAUUAAUUCUGAAUUUCAAAUGUAAGGUCAAAAUAGCCAAACUUGAAAAAUUCAGCUAUGCUUUUUAGUUUGUCUACUCUAGCCCUAUAUUUAAAAUUCACUUUGAUUUCACUAUGAAUUCUCACCUUAGUGAAUAACUCUGUUAAUCUCUGUUGUGCAUGAAUGCAUGGAAAACAAAAUCUGUGUGACUUUGAACAAAGUCUCAAAUGUCCCAAUAUCCACCUAGCUGAGUCUAAAGACAUACUUUAACAUACACAGCACCAGUUGUAAUGAUUAUGGAAUAUUCAUAAUAAGCAUAUUUACCUUUUAAAUAUUAUCAUAAAUGUAGGUUUAUCAUUUAUGUAAAACCACAGAAGUUAGCCCCACGCCACUCCAACUACUUGUAGGUGGUAGCGAUGGCUAUGGUAUUAAUCAAGCUAAAUAUAUAUACACAAUACUAAACUAACAUGGGAUAUAUGUGUCAAAAAUAUAAAUGUAUCAAAAAUAUGUUUAAUGUCUCCUGUAAAUAGAUCAAUUGCAGAGCAGAAAAAAUAACUUAGCCUGAAGAAGAAACUGUUUCUCACUUCACUAAUACCACUUAUGAAAGUCAAUGCUGUUGUUAUGGUUUAUGGUUAUAUGGAGGAUUCAUACAUGUAUUAUACAGUUUAACAACUAUAAGGCAUUUCUAAAAUUGGAGAAAUCAAUAAGAAUGGUCAAUUGGUUUCCAUGAUCAUCAUUGGAUCCCAUGAUAUUUGUUCUACUUUUACACCUUAGCAAAAAAAAAAAAAAAAACUUUGCUACAUGAAAUUCUACUGAUAAUGAAUAAAUUGUUCUACAAUGUCUAAGAUUUCUUUUGUUUUCCUUAACACAGCUUUGACUCCAGAAUCAAGACAUUUGCAAAUGGCACACUGAUCGUCUAUUCUGUUACAGACAAGGAUGCUGGGGACUAUCUGUGCAUGGCACGGAACAAACUCGGAGAUGACUAUGUGGUACUCAAAGUAAAUGUAAUGAUGAAACCAGCUAAAAUACAACAUAAGAAAGAAAUUGAUCACAAAGUUACUUAUGGGGGGGAUUUGAAAGUUGAUUGUGUAGCAACUGGAGUUCCAAACCCUGAAAUUUCCUGGAGUUUACCAGAUGGUAGCAUGGUGAACAAUGUUAUGCAGUCAGAUGACAGCGGCUCAAGGACAAAGCGAUAUGGAGUAUUUAAUAAUGGAACCUUGUACUUCAAUGAAGUGGGAAUGAAAGAAGAAGGAGACUAUACGUGCUACGCAGUGAAUCAGAUUGGUCAAGAUGAGAUGCGUGUUAGCGUUAAAGUGGUGGCAGAACGAGCUUUUAUUAAGAAUAAAACAUAUUCCAUUAUCAAUGUGCCAUAUGGAGAUGUUGUUACGGUUUCCUGUGAAGCUAAAGGAGAACCUCUACCACAGAUUACCUGGCUAACUCCUGCAAAUAGACCAAUACCUGUAUUGUCAGAGAAGUAUCAGAUUUACAGAGAUGGUACUCUACUCAUUCAAAAGGCACAAAGGUCGGAUAGUGGCAAUUAUACAUGCCUAGCACACAAUAGUGGUGGGGAAGAGAAAAAGAUUGUUCAAAUCCAAGUUAAUGUCCUCCCACCUAAAAUCAAUGGACAUUCCAAUAAAAUAGCCACAGUAAAAGAAACUGCAAUGAAAGAUUCACGCAUUCUGAUUGACUGUAAUGCUGAAGGAAUUCCAACACCUCGUGUCAUGUGGGCAUUUCCUGAAGGAGUCAUUCUCCCUGCACCUUACUAUGGAAACAGAAUUACUGUCCACAGGAAUGGUACACUAGACAUUAAAGUUCUAAGGAAAACUGAUUCUGUUCACUUAACAUGCAUUGGACGUAAUGAAGGUGGAGAGGCCAGAUUGAUUGUGCAGUUGACUGUUACUGAACCAGCUGAAAAACCGAAGUUUAUGAAAGAUGAUGAGAAUAUUGUUGUGGCAGAAGGUGAGACUGUAAAUCUUAACUGUUCAGUUACAGGGUCACCUGAGCCUGAGAUAAGUUGGAUUCUUCCCAAUGGCACUGUAAUUAAAAAUGGUAAUCAUCUCCAUAGAAUUUUUCAUAAAACAGAUGGCACACUACAUAUUGGUUCAGUAGCCAUUGCUGAUGCUGGGACUUAUCGUUGCAGAGCUCAAAAUGUGGCUGGACAUGCAGACAAAAUGGUCAGCUUACAGAUUGGUCGUAAACCACAAAUGAAUAACCACUAUAACAAUUUAAUCAGUAUAAUUAAUGGGGAAACAUUACAACUUCACUGCACUACCCAAGGGGAACUAAAGCCCCAUAUAUCUUGGACAUUACCAAAUGGCAUGGUUAUUGAUGGCCCACAAAACAAGGACCGCUUUUCCCUUUUACAAAAUGGAACCCUGGUGAUACGAGAUACAUCUGUAUAUGAUAGAGGAAGUUAUCUAUGCAAAGCAAAAACGCAAUAUGGUUCUUCAACCAUGAGUGUCCCAGUAAUAGUUAUUGCAUAUCCACCACGUAUAACAACAAGUCCUGCACCUGUUAUUUAUGCAAGACCAGGCAGUUCGGUCCAGUUAAAUUGCAUGUCAAUCGGAAUACCAAAAGCUGAAAUAACUUGGAAUCUUCCUGACAAAUCUCAGUUGACUUCAUUAGCACAAUCACGUUUAUAUGGAAACAAAUUUCUCCACCCUCAAGGGACAUUAGUAAUUCAACACAUUUCAAAAAGAGAUAUGGGCUAUUAUAAAUGCACAGCUAAAAACAUAUUAGGUAGUGACACUAAAACAACAUACAUACACAUAUAUUAAGAAUGUUUUCAUUAUACCGUAAAAUGCCCAAGACUGCCAUACAUGUGCACAAUAUACUGUAUCAUUACUUCCAAAAGUAGCUUUUUAAAUAAUGAUUAUGGUGAAGAACAAAUGCAUGCAUGAUAAAGAGUAGACAUUUAAAAAAAAAAAUAACAUUUAUUUCUAUCACUCUAAGAGAACAAUGAUCAGGCCAAAAUGUAUUCGUAUAUAUAUAUAUAUAUAUAAAUAUAUAUAUAUAUAUAUAUAUAUAUAUACACACACACACACACACACACACCCCAACGGAGCUGAUUGACUAGACAGUGUGUAGCUGUGAGUUAAAAGUAAAUAAUAAUACUUUUGAAAAUGUCUCCAUUUUAAAUGUGCAAGUAUUGUUAAGUGAAUUACUCUCUGUAAUAUCUAAAAUUUCACAAUCUAAGAUCAUAUUAUGCACCGCAAAUAUUUCUGUAUGAUACAGUGUAAUAAUGGCUUGAUUUGCACCUUACUACCAAAAAGUAUUAAUACUAAGACAUGCUGCAGUAAUAUGUUUAUUUCUUUGUCUAAAGACAAGUAUCAUAGUUAUCUUUAACUCUGAGGAACACAAUUUCCUGAAAUGUGUAAUAUAUGUGUAAGUGACUUAAAUGAUUCUCGUAUGUACAACCACAGAGUCAAUAUUUCAUCAUGUACAAUUUCAAACGAUCUUCACUGAACUGUGAUUUGAGAGAUAUGAACUUUUAACAUGCAAACAAAUAACGAUCUGACCCGUUGAUGCUUUCUGCAUAUGUUUUACAUAUUUGUAAUCUUACCAUGAGACACAAAAUGUUACAAUACCUGUCUCAUUUUAUAAUUUAUUGGUCUUUAAAAGACUUUGAUGCAAAACUCUGUUUAUAUUAUUAAAAUCAUUGUACUGUACAUUUUAUAAUAAAUAAUAUUUUCCAAACAA